AUGAAGAGGAGUCAACAGAUGUGUUUGUUAGACAAGGCUUUGAGCCCGCAAUGGAUUCACGCAGGACUUGCUACAAUUUCACUUUGCAUUUCGAUCACUGGAGAGAUUUACAUCCUGUAUAGCGCCAUUGUGCAUGUAAUAAGGUGAGUUAUUGAAGGACCAUUUCGGCGAGUUUUGAAGAGAAAAGGUAAAUUUAUGGUGCCGAAGACUGCUUACGCUUAUGUUUACCAGCUCAUACACAACAAAGAGAGUCUACAUUACAGAACGUGGAAUAAUAAUGUGCAACUUUUCAUAACUAAUUAUUGUAAUCAGUAUUAUUAACGUCCUUCCUUUAAAGAAUGUUAUCUGUUGGGAGAAUCCAUUUCCUAUCUGACUGGUUUCUGGUAACAAGAAUGUGCUGACAUGGCAGCAUCACAUUUCAUAUGUCUUUAAUAAAAAAAAGGCUAUUGUUACUCAUUGCAGUGAAAUGCAAUAAUAAUAAUAAUGAUAAUAGUAAUAAUAAUAAUGAUAGUAUUGUUGGUCUCAUGACUUGUGAUUUAAGUAGCUAUUAGUAUUAUUAUUUUGUCUUCUUGCCACUAUUCUUCAUGGGGGUAACUGGUGAAAUUGCCUGUAAGUCAUCUUGUCCAAAGUAAUGUCGCCUGAAACCAGAGCUAUGUUGUCUGAAUUUUGUUUAUAACUUCUAAUUCAGGAUUUUGGGCAACUUAUAUAUUUUUUUAUUUUUUAUGGUCUCAUGACUUGUGAUUUAAGUAGCUAUAAUUAUUAUUAUUUUGCCUUCCUGCCACUAUUCUUCAUCAGGGUAACUGGUAAAAUUACCUGAAAGUAAUCUUGUCCAAAGUAAUGUUGCCUGAAACCAGAGAUAUGUUGCCUGAAAUUUGUUUAUAUCUUCUAAUUCAGGAUUUUGGGCAACAUCUAUAUUUUUUAUGUAACCCGAAAUCCUGAAUUAUGUUGGCUGAACUUUUUCAGAGAGAAAAAUUCACAGAGAAACAGAGUGGAAUAAAGCAGUGUAAGCCAUGAUGAGACAAAACAAGCGCCAUUUUAAGCCAAGAUGUGAUGAACAAGGGCGAUAAAAUAUGCAAUGUAUCUUGUCCUUUAAGCCUUUUGUGUAAAUUAUAAGGGUAAAUGUUCUAAAAGGUUUGGGAUGACUCGAUAUCUUUCUGAGACAAAAGAAAGCGAUGGGAGGAAUGUACUCCAUUUCAUAAAACACAGAAUUUUCCACCAUUUGAUCCCAAGAAAGAUGAAUAAAGUUUACUUACUGUUUGCUUUUAGUGUUAUCUAUUGCAUUUUGUUUGUGGCACUUUGAGUCUUCUUGAAGUUAGUGUCACUGGCAGCCUACAUGUACAUAAGAAAACCACAAGGCAUGCAGCUUCUGUGACACCAUCAGCUGAAUACUUGCUGAUUUUUUCCAGUUUUCUCACACUUCCUUGCAUCCCUUGCCAUCCCUCCUCAGGAAAGUGAAAGCCAGACAGUUUGCAAAGUUCCGUGCUGAAAAUCACAGAAUUUGCAAGGCUCUUAAGUCACUUAAAAAAUUUUUUUCUUAACCUGCGUAGCAAGUGUUUGCGAUAGGGUUAAUGCGUGAAAGUUGGAGCAAGAGCAAAAAAUGGAAGAAGUUGGGGUUUGCGGGCAAGCUUUUCCUUAAUUUUCACCCCUCCCCUUCAUUCCUCUUUUUGCCUUCUCAAUUUUCUUGACCAACUCACAUGGAAACGCUUGUAAUGCUAAAGGAUUGACUUAAAAAUAGAAAAAUAUUGAUCAUUUUUUUUCUCUCAGAAGCAAGCUUCAAGGUAAAAGAAAGGGGUCAUCUAAUCAAAGUUCUUCCAACGAGGUGGAAAACAAAAGGUAAAUUUAGAGUCAUGAGUUUUCUUUUACCAUUUUACGAUGCACACUGUCAAUCAACAAAAAAAGGUUAGGGGUUGGUGAAUUGAAUUGAAUUGAAUUGAAUCUAAAGGAUGGUUGAGGGUUACACAGAGCGGCAAAUGAGUGAGUGAAAACCACCAAACCCCACCUUCCAAGAUCCUGGGAUUAUCAAAAUGGAAUGUGAAUUUGGGAACUCUCAAUAACUUUUAAGAAAAAUUUCUGGUUUUCUAAGUUCCAGGGACCAUACAUAUUAGCUGUUAAUAUUGCCUUUUGUGUUACAUUUAUGUAGAUCCAAACCCAGUCUAGCUGGGUGGUCAUCUUCAACAACUCCUAAGCGUCAGUCAAGUGUAAACUGCUCAUACAAGUAAGUGACAGUCAAUAAUACUACUAUUUUUUUUAGAAUUUUCUGCGAAAAGAGUUUACCUGGUAACAAGAACCCCGUUUGCUGUUAUGGCCUCAUGAACUGAUGUUCAGUCUGUAUUUCUCAAUUCUGCUCCAUGUUUAGAGCGGUAUACGUCACACUAUGCCCUAAUUUCCACCUUUGUGACUGGGCUGAAUGUCAGAUGUCAACUGGUACAUGUAUGAUUUGCAAUGAAUCUUAUGCCCAGAGAUUUAACCACAAAAGCUUCAUGAGUAAAAUAAUUUUGAUGUAAAAACACAAUGCCCUUACUACUUGUUUUAAUAGUAGUUACAGUACCCCUCAUAAGUAUGUCACAGUUGAGUCUUGUUUUCUGCACUAUGAGAAUUGCUUCAUGCAAGGAUCAGUGAAGCUGCAUAUUUUGGCAUAAUCAUCAACAAUCUGUCCUGCCCAAAACCAAUCAAUUUCUGCAUUAUUGUUGGCUUCUUUUUGGGAAAUUUUCUUUGAAGUUCUCAUCAGGACAGCAUUUCAGCAUAGAUGUGAUUGCCUAGUUUUUAAACUUUCAUUUAUUGUUACAGUUUAACUAACUGCUGACAUAAGUGAUGCUAAUCUAAUUUCUUUACUGAUUUAGUUUAAGGUCUCGCAGUUCUUCUGUGAGCCCUCGGACCAGCACCAGUGAUUGUGGAAUCCACAGGUAACAUUCACUUCUUUUGAUUUUAGCAAUCAAAUAGUAAGAUUAUGGUGAAGGUUUUCCUCACUCAUCUUUACUUGAGUGGUAUCGUUGACAGUCUAGUAGUAGUGGAAGAAAGUGCCAGGCUACACUGCUAGGCUGUAAACGAGGUUAAAAGUAAGAGUACAUAGACAGUGAGUUAAAACAAGUUAUAGCUAUCUGUAAGCGCCAAUGAGCAACAAUUUUACCUAAACGCCCACGCUGUUUAAUUUGUUUAAAAAGGUCAUUAAUUACCGAAACAAUAAAAAAUUGCUGCGGGCAAAUGCGACAGAUGCCCGGUAUGCAUUACGUCAUGAAAGUUACCGCACACUACCUUAUGUUACGUCACUUCGAGAUUCAUUCUGCCUUGGAACUUUUGCACACGUCUUUAUUAGGCUGUCGCCUUGCAGCCUCACAUCUUCACAAGGCUGCUUGUUGGCAAUAACUACAUUUGUAUGCAAGCUCUUCAUGAUCAUUUUUGUUUCCUCCUCAUUCAGUGUCCAACAAGUCGUCCAGGAGAAGCAGACUUUAGGCAACAAGCCUGUUAUUGGGUCAUCAUCUUCGUCAACUGUUGGCAACUCUGAGCAAACUCAGUCCUUGUCAUCAUCUGCAGGCCAUUCAGCACUUUCCAAACCUUCAUUUACUUUUUCAAACAGUUCUGCAGCCAUUGGUAACUCAUCAUCAAGCUCCAAGUCUUCCUCCCGUGGGAGACGUGCCACGUCAUCAUCAUCUCUGUCUGAUAAGACCACAGAAACAAGCCAAUCCUCAUCCUGUUCUUCUCGUCCACAAUCACGAAGUUGGAGAAGAAGUGACCCGCCUGAGCCGGGCAUAGGCUUAAGGCGGUCACAGAGGCUUAAAGAGACAACGGGAUCCUGUGCUAGUAACAGGUAUGAAAUGUUUAUGUGAAAACCAAGGUGCCAAACAUUUUCUAUCCCUACCCUCCACCCUCAAACCAUGUGGGGCCAAGGAACUUGAUCCUCACACUGCAUGACUUUGCCUUUGUAAUGGCAACAGAAAGCAAAAUUGGUCAGAUUGAUUGAGCACUAAUAUUAUUGAUUGGUUUAUAAACAAACUUUUGCUAUGACAAGAAAGUUCCAGAAACAACUAAGCUUAAACAAUGUUGCAGUCAACCUAAAAAGCUACUUGUAUGUUCAGAUGGAAGAUUCUUCCUAGUUUCAGUCUCACAGAUCAAUCAAAUUAACUUAAUCCUCAUUGUUAUAAACAAGCUUCUUACUCGGGCUUUAUAUACACAUUAUGAACACGUAUAAACUCUAUUUUGUUUUUUAGUCGGCGUGGGCCACAGGGGAAAAAGCAGUCGUGGACACGCCGGCAGACUUCCAACAUGUCAGUAGACAAGUAUGUACUGUAUUAUUUUAACGGAAAACCAAUUCAUUCAGCCAAGGAUAAAAAAAUACUGAAUACCCUACUAGCUAGUUAAUUCUAGUUAACUACAUGUAAAUCAAAGGUCUCCCUUUAUUUUUUCCCCUCUUUUUUUCCAUGACAGAGCACAUGUAACAUAGUUUUCAUAAUUGUCUUGAUCAUAAUUAUUGUAAUUCUAACUUCUCAAGCUGACUUGUCCCCAGUCGUCUCUCAUUAUUAGUAUUUGGCGUGGAAGACUAGAAUGAAGAACGAACUGGAACAAAGGGGAUGAUGGGAAGGAAGAAGAGAUGACCAAGGGGAUGAGGGGAAGGAAGAAGCCUUCCCAUCUUCCCCGCACGCAUAACCCAAGCACUUCCCUAGUAAAUAAUUAAUGAGUAGAGACGACUGGGGACAAGUCAGUUUCUCAAGUGUUUACAGUGACUAUAAGCAAUGUGCUUUUGAGAGGUGGGGCAAUAUGGUGGGUUACAUUAAUUUUUGUUCGUGGCACUGGAGUUUUAAUCUGAUGCUUGACUUUUAAGCGCGGCCUGGGUCCAGAUGCUGGACAUACAAUAAUGGCUAUCAUGUUGCAAUAUUAUUUUAUCCCACUUAAACUCUUUGUUUAUAAUGCCAGACAUUGGUGGUUGCUUCUGACUUUUUUUAAGUGACAGAGAACUUUUGGAAUCAGAGUUGUUAACAGAAGCAUGUAGUAUUUUUAUUAAGUGAAAAAGAGCAUUUCAUUUCCACUUGUAACUUUGUGGCUUACAGUCCAUUGAAAACUAGUCAAGAUUGUUGAGGUUGUGAGCCGAAGCAGAAGAACUAAACCAACCACAAUGUGUGGUUGAAGGGCAUUCCGAUUUGUAUAUUUUUCUGCUUCUGCUUUCCACUCCAGUAAUCCAGUUUUCAUAAAACUGUAAACAAAAGACUGAGUCACAUGUGGAGAGGGAAAAAAAGCAGAAAUGUUCUGAUUCUUGCAACUCUGCUUCUGUUGAGCCUAUGACUGGGUUCACCACUCUGGUUUUUUUUUUAUUUUCACUGGGUCUUAAGCACUAUUUUGACUCCAAUUAUUACCAUUUGAGCCAUAACAGUAACAUUCACCCUGUAUGCUGUAGUUACGUGUAUGUCAAAUGUCCAAGCUUAAGUUAUAACUUUAAAAAGCUAAUAUCAUUUUUUCUAUAUUUCUUUAGUGAACCUCAAGAUCCUGGGUCUUCAGAUGCAGGUAUGAACUGUACAUACAUGCUCACAGUAACUUGUACAUGUACAUCAUUGUCCUGUAUAGAGUAUAAUAGAAGUUUUCAAUGAAUAAACAGGUUUUCUCAUGGAGGGGAAUGAUGACCCCCUGUUAUCAGUGUUAGAAAAUAUCAAGCAUAUACCCUCCGAAGAUACACUUUCCAAAAAUAAGCCCACCGAAUUACAAUACUUAGUGCUACACUAGUUUAAAGACUGUGAGUAGCCAGAUGGUUUUGUCUUUGAUUUCAUAUACUACAGUUCUGUAAAAAAAUUGGCUUGUUGCGUAAAGAGUUCUUUUUUUCAAGAAAAUGACUGUGUUAUAUAUUUACCACUGUUUUUACUUUUUGCAGCUCGUGGCAGUGUUGAAGACUCUGCAGCUCCAUCCUCCAGCGGUAGAUUAUUACAUAUCAAUUUUUGUAACUAUAAAUCUGUUAUUUCAGAAAAUAUUUAUUCUCCGCCCCCACCCUCCCGAGGGGUUUUUUUUUGGCUUGAACCCGCCUCCCAUCUCCAAGCUCCAGUUUUUCUUCAGACUUCCCGUUAAACAAAUUUCCCUGUCCAUAGUUUCUGGAAACACAAUUUCAUUUACAUUGCUUCCUGAAAUUAGGGGUUGUAAAAUUAUAUUCAAAAAUACAGGUCUUGCAAAACUUUUUAAUUAUUGAAUAUAAAAAAUAACAAAUUUUCCUUUAAGUAGAUGCCAUUACUUCUUUUCAUUUUACCUGACCAAGUAAACAUGUUAUAGUGUUCUUUGGAUUUUCAAAUGGUGGCUUAGACACCAUGAUCCCUUUUUUGCAUGGCCAGUGGCUGUAGCAUGUACAUGUAACAGGUUACUUUAAUUUACUACUACAGGAGAGGCUUCCAGAAAUGAGAUGGAGGGGUCUGGCAGCCUUGAAGACUUGGAAUUAAAAGAUGGAGAAUUGUCAAGACUGCAAGGUCAGACAUUUUGAUAGUGAUUGUAAAGUUAUUUGUUAAUAAUAGUAGCAAAGAAUAUGCAUUAAGUGCAAAUUCACAGGAGAAUACAAAUUCCAUUGACAAAUACAGGCAUGUCGUGACCCCAAAAGAAUUAUUUUCGGAGAGCAGCACAUUCCAAACAUUACAAGGGAGGUACAUGAUAUGUAACAACAGGGAAGUAGAUAAGUGGUGGCUGACAGCAACAUGCAAAGAAAGUCAUGUUUGAUAUCCCAGGGUAGUGGAUUUUGCUAUCGGGCUAGUGAUUUUUGUCCUUAACUUUCCUGACGGGGAAGUGCUGUUUUUUUGGGAAAUUCAAAUUACAGAAGGAUUGUAACCAAUUCUGCUAAUCAAAAAGGGUUUGGGGGCUAGUUGAAAUGACUUGUGGGCUAGUACGUGCUAGCUACAGCUUGCCCAAAUGGCAGGCUGUAAAACUGACUUUCUUUGCACCCUGUGACAGCAAAAUAUAAGCUAAUUAAUUUCACUGCAAAUCAAAGACAUGGUGUUUUCAUGGUGCACAGUUAAGUAUAACUAGUCUAACAGAAUAGCCUUCUUAGCUCUUACUUACACUUAUGCUUUAUUCCUGGAUUUAAAGUGUCUCUUCCUAUGGGCGAAUAUAUAAUGCAGGCACACCUUUUUCCUGGUCACAUACAGAGUAGACAGUAAAUUUCCUACCAUUCCUUUCUGCCACCAUGCAAGAAGUUAUUUUUAGGGCAUUUUCUGCAAAGCAAGUUCUCGUCAUGUAUUUGUUCUUGUUGUUUCAUUGUAGCCCUUUUGGAGGCACGUGGUGUGCCAUCUCAUCUGAUUGGCUCACUUGGACCACGGAUGCAUCAGCUCUUGCAUAGAACUAUCAGCUCUGGUUCAGGUAAAUAUGUCAAUGGUACAGCAGAUUCAAUGUCAUAGUUUGUAUAUUUUGAAUUAUGAAAUAGUUUUUGAAUGAUUUUUCCGACAGCCUGUGUGCUCAAGGCUGUGCUCUAAGAAAAAUUGCCCAGUGCUUUGAACCUGUGAAAUCCCGUUGUUCAGCAUAUAUUUUUUUCUGAAAUCAAAACUAACAUUUCCUAGUCACCCAAGAGCAAAAGUGAGGCACCUGGGGCUACCGGUCAUUGCUGUAGCAUAGCCCUGAACUGUAAAUUUAAAACUGAGUGAUCACUAUGUUUAUUUAAAUCAAUCAUCUUGCCCAACGCCUAGGUGGUAAAGUUCAACAGAUGUUGACAGGGAUCCAGUCAUCAGAUGAGGGACAACAGCUCCAGUCUGUUAUUGAAAUGUGCCAGGUAAUGACUGAGGCAGGAAAAAAUCCAGAUUAGUCUUCUGUUUGUAAUUUGUCUGUAAUUAUUUAAUGCAAAAAUAAUAGAAAGUCUAGGCCAAACAAAAUUGUGUUCUUUAUAUACAGGCUUUAUAUACUUGCCUUAGCUUAAAAUGACAUGCACUUACUUUAUUCAGUGCCAAAUCUGUCUGUUAGUCUAAGGAGACUUUCCAAAAGUCAGAACUGGCCGGUUGAACCAUGGCCGGACGAGCUAUUUUGAAAAUGAAAUAGGCUUUUUCCAAGAGCUUUUUCCAUCUCGUGCAUACUAUUUAGGUUUUGACUGAUCUGGCUGGAUAGUUUUGAUUAAAAGUGAAAUUCUCAUUAUGACGGGAAUUGUCUGGCCGGUCAGGUCUGACAAAUGGAAAGUGCUCUAAGUGUAUGCAAGCAGAAACCCAUAAGGGGUUGAAACGUGUAACUCGCGUUCAGUGCUCGUGAAUAUUCACUUUUACCAUAUUUGAAACCUUAGUGACGGAUAACCGUCGUGUCCAGGACAUGUUUAUAACUAUAAACGCCUGUUUUCAAGGCACCGCCCCCACAUGCAUUAAGGAACUUGUUGAAAUGAGAAACAACAAGUACGAUUUAAGGGGCAAUAAUACGCUAUCACUGCCAAAAGUAAAUACUACAAAGUAUGGAUUAAACUCCUUUAGAUAUUUCGCCGCAAAACAAUGGAACAGUAUUCCAAAUGAAUUAUGUUUAAGAGCUGGAGGUCUAGAAUUUAACAAACAAGUGAGGAACAUUCAAUUUUAGUUAUCUAAUUUUGAAAUUUUAGAUGCUAGAUAUUUUAUAAUUAUAUAUAUAUAUAUAUUUUUACAUUUCUAUGUACAUAUUUUUUUUUUCUUUCUUUCUUAAUAUUGAUUUGUGGAAAACCUGCAAAAUAGCUUUAGCUAAGUGUUUCUCCCACGUUAAAUAAAGAUUAUGUUAUGUUAUGUUAUAUCCAUUUUCAACAAAAUGGCUGCUGCGCGAUCACCAUGCAGAUGUUUUAAGACAAGAGUUCUGCAUUUCAAAGUUAAAAAUACACCGUUAAAAGACAAAAAAUGGAAAGAGAAAGUUAAAAAGAAUGCUCAGCUUUCUUUUUGUGGAGAAAGGGAAGCUUUUCAUCAAGAAAUCGUCCUUCGAGGAAUUCAACCUUGUUUUCUUCACGGCGGAGCCCACGGUCUGUUUUGAAAUGCAACCAAGUUAGUGAAGUUUUUGCUGAAUUUUCAGGUACAUUUUGCACUCUAUGGCCAAGACAAUUACGUUUUUGAAAGGGAAUUUAUGUAUUUUUAAAUGUUUCAUAGACGUUUUAUAAAUUUUUCUCUUCGGCGCUAAAGAAAAAUUACAAAAUGUGCCCUGAUUUGAGAUGGAUUUUGUGUUGAAUUUGCCAUGUGCUUAGCCGAUUUCACUUGCGUGAACUGAUCCACGAUCCAGAUACUGUUUUCCGAAUUGCUUUAAAGAAUUAACUUUUUGAAAAAUUUUCAAGAAACGGCUUCUCUGUCGAUUGUUUUGAGUUUGUUCAUUCAGAAAAUUAGUUCAAAACACGAUCGUGACUACAACAUCCAAGUUUAAUUUAAGCUUUUAAAAUGCUCCUCACAUUCAUUACAAGCAUCACUUUUUGCGAAGAUGUCAGGUUCAGGUUUUGGACACUUUUCGAUACGCAGCUAAUGAAUUUUAUUAGAAAAUAAUUUGACUGUUUAUUCUAGACUUUUAACAAAACAAUUUUAAAAGCCCAUUUGCAGUAUAAGUUUACUUACAGAGGGUCAACAAGGCAUUGUUUUUUGAAGUGACAACUUCAAGAAGUUGCAAAGCCGUCAGUGGGUUUCAUAAUGUUAUGUUUGGCCCGGGUGGUAAGGCAAUAAUAUCCUGCUCAGUGUUUCGGUAAUAUUCCUGGUUUCAACCUUUGAAAGCUUUCUCGGCUUUCGGGAGUUUUUCCCCUGUUUGUCGGGCAUUUUUUUAAGCGGGCGCGGGAACCUGAAGGAAAAUUACGUCACAUUGUUUACGAAGUUUGAUUGGUCAGUUAUCUCUUCUUCUCGUUCCAAAUAUGGUACUUUCGAAAAUGAAUAAUCACAAGCAUCGGACAAAGCAAACAUAUGAGAGUUACACGUUUCAACCCCUUAUGAGUUUCUGACGCAAGUGGAUAAUAAUAAUUCAUCAGUGGCACAUCUCCCAUAAUACACCCUAUUCAACCCCCAAAAUUGUGGAUAACCUUUGUUGUUGAUUUCUCCAGGGUAUUACAGUCAUCCCAAGAGAAAUUGAGACAAUAGUGGGUGGGGAAGGGGGUGAGCAAACAAGGUGUAUUAUGGGAGAUGUGCAAAUAGCAAAUUGUAUUUUUUUCUGUUUAUUUAAGUGUUCUUUAUGUACACCCAUAAAUGUAUUGUGUUUUUCCUCUCCACUAUUAUCCUUUAGAAGCUCCCCUUUAUAGAGGUUUUGUCAAUUUGUGUCUUAAUUUGCUCUUUGUUAUAGUUCCUAGUGAUGGGGAAUGAAGAGAGCCUUGUUGGUUUUCCUGUGAAGCAAGUUGUGCCUGCACUAGUGAGUAGUCUCUCUCUAUCAACAAAUGAAUGUCCACACUGUAGGCUAGUUUAAGGCUGAUGUAGAGGAUGUUGUACAUUCUCCUUUUUGUUCCCUUGUAGAAGAUCUUGAGGAUAGUAAAGUUAGCUUUCAGUGACAUUAUUACUGAAGGAAAGCCAAUCACAUACAACAGGCAGGCAACCAAUUGAACAAAACCUUUGCUGGAAUGCAGUCACCAAGCAAAGAAAAACUGUUGCAAAAACAGGACAACUAAAACUAGAAAUAAGUUUAUGAUCGGCACACCUAUUUUCAUUGUUAUGAUGAAUUAAUAUUGUUUUUGUUGCAUUUGAUUCCAUCAGAUUAACCUUCUUUCAAUGGAGCACAAUUUUGACAUUGUAAGUAUAUGAAUUUCUCACUACACAGUGCAGCACUUAAAAACCCUAAGAUCAAAAUUUGAAUUCUCAUUUGGUACCCCUAUUCAUUUCCUACAGAAGUAGUGGAGAGAGUUUGAUAAAAUAUCAAGCAAAUUCAUCUUGCAUGAUCUUGUCCAUAAUUCUCAUGACCACUCUGUUCUGCAAAGUAUUGAUAUUACAAGGAGAAAUUUGAUGCUGAUCACUCUUAGGGCUUAAAAGGUUAAUAAAAAUAUGAAAGUGGAGUGGGUGAUACUACUUGACUUAUAAAAUUGGUGUCAUGGAAGUGAUAAUGGUGAUGAUGAUAAUGAUGCCGACGAUGAUGAUGAUGGUGGUGGUGAUGAUGAUGAUGAUGAUGAUGAUGAUGAUGGUGGUGGUGGUGGUGGUGAUGAUGAUGAUGAUGAUGAUGAUGAUGAUGAUGAUGAUGAUGAUGAUGAUGAUGGUGGUGGUGAUGAUGAUGAUGAUGAUGGUGGUGGUGAUGAUGAUGAUGAUGAUGGUGGCGAUCAUAAUGAUGAUAGGAAAAUGCAUAAUUUCCUUUUUAUAACUCAGUCCAACUUUUUUUAUACAUGUAUGUGUUAUUUUGAAGUCACUUUCACAUUUGGCUAUGUUUAAAUGUCCUUUAAUCAUGUGUUUUGGGUGUCCUUACCCUGUCGGUGUCUCCUGUGGGCACUUGUUGACUUUUUGAAAUAUUUGCAGAUGAAUCAUGGCUGUCGAGCAUUGACAUACCUAAUGGAAGCUCUCCCAAGAUCAACAGCUGUAGUAGUGGAGGCAGUGCCUGUGUUUAUAGAGAAGGUACAUUUGUAUGACCUCAGAAGCUGUGAAUGGGUAAAAGGUUUUCAGGGGUUUCAAUAAGCACCAAUGACUGUCAAAACAUGUCUAUGUCAGCUACUUUGCUCAGAGAAGUUGGCUUUUUUUUCCGAUAGAGGAAACAAGUAGUUUUUAUAAUGUCAUAAAGAAAAAAUAUUUAGUCAUAAAAUCUGAAUGAAACGUAAUAAUGACGUGUUUUCAUAAAGGCCCCCUUGUUUUAUAUUAUGCUUUUAGUUAUGUGAAGGCUGUAUUUCAGUCUGCAAUUAUUGACACGUUUCUUCAUAGGUUUAUGGGGAAUUUGCUUUUCUGCAAAUGUUUGUAAUUAAGUUAUUUUCAUUUGAUCAUUGCUUGUGGGAGUUGCUUGUGUGGCUGAUAAAUCACCAUGAAAAAGUGAAAAACACACUCUUUUCGGCACCCCAGAACGCUGGAAAUCACAUUGUAGGGCUUUGAAAUUUCACAAUUUUCUGGAGGAGCAUGCCCCCAGACCCCCCAGAGAAAGUGGACCAACGGACUCUUCUACAUACAGUAGGUUAUUUCUUUAUAAACCUGCUGGCUACUUCAAUUUUUAUCAAACCCCCUUGGUUAUGAUGAACCGGUUGGAUUUCAGGAGCAAAAUUAUCAAUUGCCAUGUUGAGAUGGUCAUUGUUGUUGCCUCUUUUUUCUUCUUACUACAUGUACAGAGAUUGGUUUUUUUUCUAGAUUCUCUUGUUAUUUCCACUCUUUUAAAACCAACAAUGUAUGAAUUUCACUAAUAAUUCCUUUUACAUCAUUAUGGCAAAAUUUUCUUUAAAUUCUGUACUCCUUUUGAUCCCAAUUUUUCAAGGCCAGUUAGCACUAACCUGGGGUUAAAUUUCAACCAAGGUUUCUUUCUUUUCAUCAAAAGCAUUUUCUUGUAUUACUUUCUUUAUUAUAUACUAAAACAGUGAAUAGUGUUUUUCACACGCUCUGAUUGGCUACUCAAUCAGUGAAUAUCCUGCACUAUACACUGAUUUACCUCCAGUUCCUCCAAGAGAGCGACGCCAGACUCACGUAGGUUGCGAGCAAAAUGCUUUCCCGGUUUGCUGCCGUAACAAACUAAGAAAUUUCACAACUAAUCAAGCGAGCUAUUUCCGAAAUACAUGAAGAAGGUGACGAAGUUCGGUUUGGAAGUUUUAACAGGUAAAGCUUUGUCUUUUUGACUUGAAUAGUUCUUGAUAAAACCGGUGAAAAAGUUUUUUGUUUACAAAUGCAAAUUAAGCUUAAGUCUUGUGUUACUUUAUUUAGUUGACUUGUUCAUAAGUAAAUAAAUUUAAUAAUCUUUUUCACAGGAUUAUUUUAAAUACAAACAGAAUUCACAACUCCUUUUGAAGAAACUUCCCCGCAAGAGCUAAACAAACCCCUUCAAAAGUUUCAUUUGUCACUAAGAAAAAACGACGGCCGCGGCCAUUCGGUCAUCGCACACCAAAAUUGUGAUCGUUGGCAACAGUAAAUGAGUUUAAAAUCAUCAUUUUGUGCUCAAUUAUCUCACUGUUUUAGUAUAUACUAAAACAAUUAUUCACCUCAGUGUCAGUGGCUAGUAAUGGAUAUUUACCUGGCCGCUUCGGGGCCUCGGUAAAUAUCCAAUACUAGCCACCUCUGCUUCAGUGAAUAAUUGUUAUAUAUUCUCUUUGAAGUAUCCAGUCAUCGAAUUGCAGACAAAAAGAGUUAAAGUGAAUUUGCUUUUCAAGCUUUCAUAUCUGAAUUCAAAUUUCCCACUAACCCUGGGUUAUCUUAACCCAGCUGAGCUUUGAACAACCUACACGUGUAGCCCUGGUGUGCAGCCAUUUUAUGCCUUUAAGAAGUAAACAAACUGAAAUGAUAACUUCACUUUUAUUUUAUGAAGCUUCAAGUCAUCCAGUGCAUGGAUGUAGCAGAACAAGCACUGACUGCUUUAGCUAUGCUGUCCAGGAGACAUGGAAAAGCAAUUUUACAAGCAGUAAGUAUUUACUCAGGCAGCAUGCAAUGAAAGUAGUGUCGGAUAACCUGGAGCUAAUGGAUUUUGCUAUUGGGUUAGUGAAUUCUGUGCAUAACUUGCCCAGUGGGCAAGUGAAGUAUUAAUGAGAAAUUCAGCUUACAGAAGAACUGUGAAAUCAUUUCUGCUCAUCUAGAAAUUUGGGGGGCUAGUUGAAAUGACGUUUGGGCUAGUAAAUGCUAGCUUCAGCUUGCCUGAAUGGCAAGCUGUAAAAUGAAUUUCUUUGCACCUUGACUCAGGCCCUGUUAGGGUAAAAUUAGGCUUGCAACAGGGACUUAAGGCAAAUGAAAUUGUGACAAAUGACGUGAAGAUCAGUUGAAACUGUGACAGCUACAAAGAAAAUCUCAAAUACAGUAGUUAAAUUCCAACAGCAAAUGGCAACAUGGCCUCCUCCUCAAUACACAAAAUGACCGUUUUUGAAAUUCAGACUAGAGACAAACAUAUAAGUUCCCCAAUAAGAGGGCCUCUUUUCUACUGAAUCAUUAAAAAAUAACAGAAUGGUUAAAACUUGAAUCAGUUGGUACAGUUUUUUCUAGUUGAAAUUCAUUUCCAUCCUGCACAACAAAGGCCAAAGAAAGGCCUUAAUAGUUUGGCUAGAGAAGUAGAAUAACUACUACAAAAAACAUGUGGCAAACAUGGUAGGAGCAUCCAGGUUUUUAGAUUGGAAAAGAUGGCUUUAACAAAUAUUAGAGUGUGCUUUUUGUUGAGUUCAUUUUGCUGUGUUAUCUCUUCUUUAGGGAGGAAUGUCAGCCUGUCUGUUGUUUUUGGACUUCUUCUCAAUAUCAGCACAGGUAUGAUUCAGAUACAGUUGUAUAGAAAAAUAACUAUUAAGAAUCAGUGGUCUUAAGUCUAGUCCUGCUCAAUGCCUUCUUCUGAUGUUGAUUUCUUUCAGUUUUACUGUGCAGUGCCCUUAAUCAAAGUUAACUCGUCUACAGUACAGCUAUUUAAUUUAGUUAAGAUCACAUUCUUGUUAAUACAUGCAGUCUACAAUGUUAUAUUGAUAUCUAUAGAUUCUACUAAGUUUGCUGUACAUUGACAGAUAAUUGACAGAAAACCUCUGUUCAACAUUGUUUUUGCCACAUUUGAACAGGUGCACAGGGGUAGCUGAGAAAGUGAUGCAUAAUAUAAUCAAAUCUUCUCUCUUCUCUGUUUUCAGAGGUCAGCCCUGUCAGUAGCUGCCAACUGUUGCCAUAGUAUUGGUGUUGGUGACUUUCAUCUGGUUGCUGAUUCUAUCCCAAUCUUGAGUGGAAGAUUACAACAUCAGGUAGAACAAAAUACUUAUAGAGCUGCAAACAACAGUUGGUCAUUGGGGAAUAUCUGACCAGCUUGGAAAAAAAGUAGUGUCUGUUAACCUGGUACCAGUGGAUUUUGCUAUCAAGCUAGUGAAUUCUGUUCUUAUCUUGCCCAAAGGACAAGUGAAGUUUUGGGGGGAAUUCAAAGUGCAGAAAAACUGUAAUCUGUGCUCAUCAAAAAUGUUUUUCAGGCUAGUUGAAGUGACUUUUGACCAGUACAUGCUAGCUACAGCUUGCCUGAAUGACAGCCUGUAGAACUGACUAAGAUUUGCCCAUUGUCUGACAAAAUCCUAUUUGUAUUUGGACUUGAUAACCAGAUUAUAACCAGACAGGUCAAAAUACAAAUGACUAUCAUUAUGAAGCUGUAUCUUUAUAGUCAAUAUUUGUAAUGAACGUUGUAUGCCUGGCAUUUUUUUAGUUUGUCUGACCAAAAUGGUGACAUUUUCAGACAGAAAUCAAAGUGGACAGAUGGUGAAUUGUUGUUUGAGGAAAUUUUAUAAAGUCAUAACUUUUCACCAGUGGAAUGCCUAAUUAAAACUGAUCUUCUAUCAAAUUCUUUUACCUAAAAUAUGGAAAUCAAACCGGGUUAUUUUGGUGUAGAGGUUGGGGUUUAAAGGGUCACUGGUAACUCUGCCAUUGUUUGCAGGAUAAGAAGUCAGUGGAGAGUUGUUGUGUGGCAUUUUCAAGACUUGUAGAAAGCUUUCAGACAAAUGAGGUGAGUCAUAUUUUUCAUUUCCCGGUUCUUUUCUGUUUUUUUUUCUCACAAUUCCAUCUUCUUCUAGAUGAGAUCAGAAAGCAGAUUAUUGUACUGGUAGUUAAUUUUUUAUCAAUGUAUUUCAGAAACACCUUGGGGAACUUGCUUCUCAUGGCCUUCUCAACAACUUACAACAGUUGGUGAGUAAACUAUUUCUCAUGAAUUGUCAAAGUACCAUUUCAAACUUUAUAACAUCUUUCAACUUACCAGUUACAAAGAAAAUCAUCCUCAUGGCUGUACUGUUAAUCCCUGUGGGCCUUAAGCUCCGAGCUUUUUUCAACUGCCUUAUCACGUCAGAUUUUAAAGUUGCAAGACACUGGAGAUCCUGUGACUUUUCAAGGGCUCAACCUUGGCACUGUCUGAGCUAUCACAAAAUAUAUGUUGCUAUUAAUUUUUUAUUUGAGUUAAUUUUUGUUUUUCUUUUGUGUUAAAUUCUUUAGCAUACAUUACCUUACCCAAAAACGAUGGAAAAAUUAAAAAUUAACUGAAAUAAAAAGUUAACUACAACAUGAUACAUUGUAAAGUAAACUUUUUCUUAACUCAAAGCUGGAGAUUAAUGCAUUGAUCUGAAAUUAUUGCUUUAAAUUUUUCUGUGUCAAGUUUUCCCUUAUUUUAUGUCAUGUUUUCUGUUUUUUUUUUCAACAUAGCUGAUGAUGACUCCACCAGUCAUUAGCACUAGUACAUUUGUGAUGGUUGUCCGCAUGUUGGCCAUGCUGUGCAACAGCAGCCCAGCCAUAGCAGUACAGCUUCUAAGGCAAAGUAAGUCACUCAGUGAUAUUAAUAAACAGCUUUGCUGAAUACAUUUUGUUUUAGUGGUCACACCAAAGUAUUUCAUUCAGACUCCAAAGUUAGAACUACAUGCUUAAGAAAUAGUAGCAUGUGAAAGUACUGCUGAAGAGGUUUCAUUUGAAUAGUAACGCCUUAGGAUUUUGUCCACGGACUCAAAAGUUAGAACUACAUUCUAAAGAAAUACAUGUGAAUGUACUACUGAAGAGGUUUUGUUUGAAUAGUCACACCAUAGGAUUUCAUCCACAGGCUUAAAAGUUAGAACUACAUAUUGUAAAUAAAUAGUACCAUGUGAAAAUACUGCUGAAGAGGUUUUAUAUGGGUUGAAUGGUCACAGAAUCGCUUUUUGUUCACAGACUCAAAAGUUACUGUUGAUAUUUAUGAUUAUUGGGUGACAUGCAAAAUGAAGUAUUUGUGUGGCUAUAGAUGAUACUCAAAUUAGGGGAAAAAGGAUCAGUAACAGUUUUUUUGAAUAUUGUACUUUAUUGUGAUUCUGUUUCAGAUGUAUCAGACACAAUUCUUUAUUUAUUGUUGGGAACCACAGAGCCUGCAGAGAUAGAAAAUGCAGAGGUAUCUUUCAUUAAAAAAUAAAUAAAUAAAUAAUAGCUAGAGUAAUAAUCAAAGGGAAUGCGGGCGAAAUAGAUUGAAGGUGAAAACACUCUUGCCGUCUGUGCUGUUCUUUCUGUAUGUUUUGCUUGAUUGAAGGCCCAUGAUCAGAUUGCAAGUGAUAGAAGGUGCAAACGUGCAUGCAUUUGCACAUUCUUUGCAUUCCAUUCAUUCUUAGUGGAAGUCCAAACAAAUGUGGGCUAUAGAUGUGCCACUUAUGUGUAAAAGUGACCUGGUAAUUAGGAUUGCUGGCUCUGCAAUUAUUGGUGUUUACUUUUUCUCACUGUGUAAGGGUAUAAUAAAGUCAAAGCCAGUUACAGGAUAUGAGUGCAGGAUUGUGCAGACUUUUUAAAACUUUGUAAGGGUGAAUGAAACACAGUUAAGCCAAUUGCUGGAUUAGAGGGCAGGGAUUGCGCAGAUAGCAAGAGAGGAAGGCAGCACCCACUUAGCCUACAAUACACAAGCCUUGUUGUGUUAUUGAGCACUUUUCUACAAAUCAAAGGAUUUAAACUGGCCAAAGUGUCUCCUUAUGAGUAGAAACAAUAGCAGUGUAGCAAUAGUAGAGCUGCAUUGAUCAUAACUUCAUUUCUUUCCAGCUGUUAUCAAGAAGUCCACAAGAAUUCUUCGAAAUAACCUGUUUUAUCAGGUUUGUUGAUAAGUUUCAAUUAUCUUCAACAAUUAUUAUUAGCUUCCAUCCAUGUUGAUAUGUAGACAUUUUAAAGUAUUUUCCUCUCUGGUUGUGACAUUUCUUAACACUCUUCCACAUUUUUAUCUGGUAAUAAGUUUGAUUUCUUGUAGUAUCAGAUCUGUUCUUUAAAUCUUUGUAUUAACUCUUGUAUUUUCUUUUCAACAGUGAACUGCUUCCAAAACUACCUACAGAUGGUAAGAUAACUUUAAUGUUGAGCAGUUAAGAAGGGCAAGAGUGCAAUCCUUGAGCUUAGUAUCCAGUCAAUGUCAUCAUUAUUUGUCAGGGACAAUUUUUUUUUCUGACAGACAUGUGGUUACUAACAUGUGUUAAAAGUGAAGGCAAUUUCUAUUGUCAUGAACAUUACAAAUCAACCCAUUUGCUUACAACAAAUGUUCCAUUCCAAUUAUACCCCUCCUCCCUACCCCUCAGUUAAGGCCCAUCUUUAUGUAUUUAUUUAUAUCUUGCUUUGUUUGUGAACAUUUUGUUCCUUCUUUUAAAGACCAGGGGACUUUGCGGUACCAUAAAUCCUCUAUUAAGCCCCCUAUAGGGCUUAUUUAUGUUAGGCCCAUUUAAGGGGGAGGGGGGCUUAUUUAAUUUAGAAACAACAAUGGCAUAAGUUCUCCAUAAAGAACUAGAAUACAAAGUGGAAAAGCUCAAGUACAAGAAGUUUUAGGUCAUGCAGCCCAGGAUCAGAAUCAAGUCAGAACUUCCAGUUGGUAAAUAAACCAUCCCAGAUCAGUCCACCCAACGUUUUACGGUCGUGAUUGAUUAAUACAGUCUAUCAUUUAUUAGCGAAGAAUAAUCAUGGGAGGGGAGGGGUGCUUAUUAGAGGGAGGGAGCUUAUUUGAGAAGGGGGGGCUUAAUAGAGGAUUUAUGGUAUGUAGUAAUCAGCCCUGAAAAAAAAAGGUUUUAACAUAAGAAGUGAAAGUUAAUGGUUUUGUAAUCUCUAGGGUGUCAUUUGUGCACACCCUAUUAGGGACUUUUAUUUUUUUUCUGUCAUACAAUCGUCAUAAUACAGUGGACUCUCUCUUUACAGACACCUCUCUAAGACAGGCGCCUCUGUAAAGCUGACACCUAGAGUUGGUGCCUGCCUUUCUUUACCCCCUUUAUUUGACUCUCCAUAAGAUGGGCACUUAGUGCGCUUUUCACUUGUCCGAACUGGCCGGCGGGACGUUUGCCCGACCAGUCAGUUUGAAAAUGAAAUAGGCUUUUUCCAAGAGUUUUUGCAGAAGAACCAUCUCCUUCGUGCAUACUAUUCAGGAUUCGACUGAUCUGGCUGGAGAGUUCUGAUUAAAAGGGACGUUAUCAUUAUGACGGGAAUGGUCUGGUCAGUCAGUUCUGAUAAAAUGGAAAGCACCCUUAGUACCCAUCCCAAAGGUUUCUGCCUGUCUUUGAGAGACUUGACUGUACACACAUACUGUUACUUGCGUCUCAUGACAUCCUCCCAUUACAGGUAUAUUUUCAGUGGAUACAUUGCUUUGUAAGCCACAGCAGAAGGCAGAGCAAGGUCUGUGGCAGUGGAGAGAUGACAGGGGACUGUGGCACACAUACUCCUGGAUUGACAGCAAGAUCAUAGAAGCUGCUUAUCAGAGUGGCGAGGAUGAGCUGACCCUCACUACUCUGGGAAGAACUUACACAGUCGACUUUAACACUAUGCAACAGGUGAGAUCAAAAUUUGAAUUCUCAUUUGUUGCCCCUAUUCAUUUGCUACAGAAGUAGUGGGGAGAGGUUGAUAAAAUAUCAAGCCAAUUCAUCGUGUGUGAUCAUGUCAGUAAUUCUCAUGACCACUGUGUUUUAUAAAGCAUUAAUAUUACAAGGAGAAAUUUGAUGCUGAUUACUCACAGGGCUUAAAGGGUUAAAAUAAUGAAUACACUCUUUUUAUAAGAACCUACAUGCCAGGAACAUAACCGAGGCUCAGAGAAGAACAAGACUUUCAGACCAAAUUGCACUCCACUCAUUUCAAUUACCAUUUUAAAUCAAAGUAAGAGAUGCAUUCUUUCUUUGUAGACCAAUGAGGAUACAGGCACUUCAAGACAGAUUCAAAGAUGCCCCAAUGGCAGUGAGACAAAUACUACCGUCUCAAAUACAGAUGAAGCUAAAGUUGCAGGAAGGGAUGAACGUGAAGUGGUAUUACGUGAGGAGACUGAAUUGGCUUCCUCGUACACAUGUGGAAUGUUUUCUGCUCUGUACAAGAUAUUCAGCUCGUCUGUGGGACCUGCUGUCAGACACAAAUGCGUGAACGCUAUUCUUAGAGUACUGUAUCAUGCGCCCCCAGAACUGUUGGGCGUGGUCUUGAAGAGACACCCAAUUUCAAGCUUGAUUGGAGGAAUGCUACAGUCAAAUGACUUGAGGGUCAUAACAAACGCUCUUCAAAUGGCAGAAAUUGUAAUGCAAAAGCUGCCUGAUGUGUUUCAUGUGUCAUUCAGAAGAGAAGGAGUGAUGCAUAGGGUUAGAGACUUGGCCAACGGUCUGUUGGCAAAUAAACCAAGCACGUCAGGAAAAAACUGUUCAUCAGAGAAUUUAGCAAGCAGUAGUGACGUUGAAAGUCCAACACAGAGAGUCCCUGAAAAUGCACCAUCAUUACCAGUAACCAGGUCAGAGAUCUCUGUCUUUAUGUUCGCAUCCCAUUUUUACCUGAAAGUUAACGCCCUAAUUUUUUACGCUAAUGUUAGGAUUAUUGAAAACACUCAAGGCUUCCUUUGUCUUCGUUGAAGCGCCCGUCCACAAAUCCAUCUCCACAGCCACCUACUUAUUUAUAUACCUAGCUACCCGUCCAGGUAUUUAUCUCAUCCAACCACCCACCCACCUACCCGUGUAUUGUUUCAUCCACCCGCCCAUCCUUCGAUUCCAUCCACCCACCCAUCUAUCCUCCACCAGCCCAUCUAUUUAUCCACCCACCCAUCCAUCUGCCCACCCACCCAUCUGCCCAUCCGCCCAUCCAUCUAUCCAUCCAUCCACCCAAUCUAUAUGCCCACCCAUCCGCCCAUCAAUCAAUCCAUCUAUCCAUCGGCCCACCUACCCAGCCACCCAUAAAUACAUUCAUCCAACCAUCCCAUCCAAAGUAACCUUAAGGACCGUCAACUUGCAAGGAUUAACCUGACCGGAAUUAUUUUAUCAUUGUUACCAGAAGCAUAACCAUGUUGUUACUUUAUCACCUUGAUUUUUUUUUGUAUUUUAGGAGGCUGGGGGAUGUCUUGCGGAGGAAACGCUAUUCAAAACGUCCAAGUAGAGGCAAAGCUACAAGCAUUGCAAGCACAUCAGAUGCGUUUGUUGGUGACGUUGCUAGGCAGCAGAUAGGUGCACCUUCUUCAAAGACGAUGCUUCACGAGAGUAGAGCUUCAUUUUUGGCCUCUCAGUCUUCAAGACUUAGUUGCCGGUCUUCAGUGCUCUCAGAACGACCAGCUAAGGUACAGCAUAAGAAGGUUGUACCAAGGGCAGAUUUAGGGUUGGGCCGAGGGGGCCGUGCCCACCCCUUUUCCUUUGAAAUUUUGUAUUAUUUUUAUAGAAUUCUCAGAAAAACAAAAAGUAUCUAUGUAGCUGGCAAGUGGGCAAGUGUCCCGCCCACCCCUUUCUGAAUUUUCUGGAUUCGCAACUGUGUACAUUACCAUAUAUCUGUUCAGGAACAGUGGAACCCCGAUUUAAUGCAGUGUCAAGGGACUGGGGAAAUUUGUUUGUUAGAUCGAAAAUCUCGAUUUAACGAAUUUUCGGGAAAAAAAAAUUCUCGUCAUGUCGAGUUAUACUUAAUAAUUAAUUUUCAACGUCCAGCAUUUCCCGAUUAUGAACAAUUUACACUAUACAAAGCUAUUGUCUCAGUACAGAGUUGUACAUGCCAUAGCUACGGCACUAUAAGCUCUAGAAGAGGCAAACGAAACUGGUUAAAACCACUGUGCUCAUAAAUUUUAUCCUUGUUGGUCAGUUUCUCAUUCAUCUUCAUCAGAUGUUGACAUUUAUCCGUUAUAUCGAAGUAUAUUAUACUCUUCUAGAUUGCGUUCGUUAUAACGUAAAUUUCGUUUAAUCGAGGUUCUGUUCCACACAUUUUACUGUCAUUUUGGCCCGGCUGAAGAAAAUCGUUCGUUAUAUAGAAGUUCUUUAAAUCAAGGUUCUGCUGUAGUUCGUAAGCUUUUAACCACCAAGGAUGAUCUGCAUGUAAUUUCUCCAUAUAACAUCACUGCUUCAUCAAACGUAAAGGUCGUGAGAAUAUAAGAAUGAUCAUGGAAUAAGAGUCUCGAUUAGUGAAUCUGUGCCAGGCUCUCAGCCAAUAGGGACGUCGCAAAAACAACGGAAGUCAAGAUAAAAUAAGACCGGGCGGAAUCUGGGAAAGAGGGCAGCCGAUCUCUCUCCCCAGCCUUCGCGCGUUUUUUUGCACAAGUUUUCACGGUCUCUGCACAUUUAAGAUCUUGAAACCUGGGACAGGUUAUCAUCGGUAACCAAAUUCUCCUUAUCAACACCUGAUGAAGUGUGUAGGCAACAGUGUUCAGAAUGUGUAUGCUCACAUUAGGGUCAAAGGGUUGGCUGGAGUUAAAGUAUUUGUUUAGGUUCCCAAUGGUGUCUUUUGGAAGAUAGAGUAUUAUGAAGUAUAUUUAACAAUUAUUCUACGAGUGUGCGUUGGAUAUGAGAUGGUAGAGAGCCAACGAGGUGUGUAGCACCGAGUUGGCUAUAAUCAUGUUAUAUCCAACAAGCGCGAGUGGAAUAAUUGUUUUAAAAUAUCGCGAAUUCUUCCCGACUUUAUUUCUAAAAACAAGCGAUUUUCAUCUUGUUUUUAAUUUUGAGCAGACGCGUACAGUUACCAUAUUUGGAGAGCAUGUAUAUCAUGGCUCAUAUGCCAUGAUGGCCAAGCCAAUUAGAGCGCUAGGAUAGCAUUUUUCAAUGAUUCAGUUUUACAGAUUAUAUAUUUUUUUGGUUCCAGUUGGAAGCAUCUGUUGGAAAUGGCAUUUCAGAAAAUCACGAAAAAAUUUUAACAUGGAUAAAAGAGCAAGGUGAGAACCCAAAAAACAUAAAUCAAGUCGCGGUAGGCUUUAAUACAACAUUGAACAAGAACCUUGACUGAGAUGGGUGAAAGUAACUGGAAGAUUGGAUUUAAGGAGCUGUGUCACGAAACGUAUCAAAAUUCAAACGGUCGGAACUGCCACCAAAUUGGGUGAAACGUAAAAAUGACUGCUCAAAACAUGCAGAGAAGGUGUAAAUAACUCAGCAAAUACCAAAGGAGUAACGGAUGAACAAACUUGGAGAAGAUUGAAACGGGUUGCAAUUGUGCUUUUUGAUAAUUUGGUAGCCUAACAUUUUUAGAGUUCAUUUUUUUUGUUUGUUACGUUUGAUAUACUGCUUGAGAGGCAUGUUUCUUUGACAAAAAAACAGUGAUUUUGCCAUUUACAAGUGCAGUGGAACCUUCACUAAUGGCCACCUCUCUACAUAAUGGCCAUUUUUUUGAUGGACAGUCCAUACAUUCACUCUUGUUUCCACCUCUCCACAACGGCCACCUCUCCACAAUGGCCACCUCUUCAACGGCCACCUGUCUACAACAGCCACCUCUCCACAACUGCCACCUCUCUAUAACGGCCAUUUUUUUGGCGGACAGUCCAUACAUUCAUUAUAUUGUUUCAACCUCUUUACAACGGUAACAACGGCCACUUUCUUCUGUCCCCAAUGUAGAGAGGUUCAACUGUAAUUUAACAAGUUCCGUAGCAAAUGAGGACGUGUAAUGCGCAUUUUAAACAAAGUAACUUAGACAGCCUCGACACGCGCCUUAAAUGAAAGCUCUGGGAUGGAAGUUUAAGUAACAACAUGUUAACAUUUUUGUUGCAGCUACAAAAUUCUGUGCUGAAUACUUUGAUCAACAGAAGGGUGAUUCACACCCUGCCCUUAGUGUUCUACGUCAGUUAAAGAGUGCUGCGGAACAACUGACUCUAGAGGUGAGUCGUUUGUUUAAACAGCUUUCAGUGAGGCUUCUCAUGUACCUAACUCCACUGCCGCAUUAUGCAAUCUCCUAGCGAGCAUAAGCAACGAAGACGGCGGAAGCAACGAGAAGGUUAAAAAAGUAAUAGGUUGGGAUUCGCAAAACAACAACUUUGGCAGGUGCAGCACUUUUUUUUGUACAAUUCUUUGCCGUCGUUGCACUUGUACGACUUGAAAUUUCCUAAUUUUUUAUUUUUAUUUUUAAGUUUUAUGACUGCUUGAAAACAAGACAUGCCUUCCAUUAGAAAAUUCGAAAACAACUCUUUUCCACCUGUACUGUAAAGUGGGCUAUUUUGUAAAACUUUGACAAGUGUAAUUUACAAAUGCAGGUAUUGUUUUCACACUCUAAAACAAUGGCUACACUUGUAAAUUACACAUGUAAAAGUUUUGUUCAAUUGACCCCAGGCCACAGCGUUUACCCAGGGGAGAAUGGUACACUGUUUUUAAGAUAAGGAAAGUGAAUAACACCGUUUAAAAGCACCACAGCUGAAUAGCUGUCUCAAAAGUUGUCAAAAAAAAAAAAAAGUUUUGUAAACAUCUUGCAAACGUCUUACAAAUAUUUGUCCGCACUGAUACAGCAACAUUUUCUGACUCGUGUCUUGACCAUUCUAGUUUAGGUUCAGGCCUUUAUUUUAUUUAUAUUUUUAUUCAUUCAUUCAUUCAUUCAUUCAUUCAUUCAUUCAUUCAUUUACUCACUCCCUCAUUUAUUUAUUUAUUUAUUUAUUUAUCUUUUUAUUUAUUUACAGAAGGAAGAUUUUGUGCCAGCACUUAAGGUGAGAGUUCUCGGGAAUGCUGCCAAAAACAAAAACAACGACAACAACGUUGAAAGACAUCAAUCAAAAUGUACAAUUUGUGAUUGGAAAUGUUGUUCUUAAACAAAAAUUGUCAUUUUUUAUAACGCUCCCCUUCUGAAUCUGUGGCUGUAACUACAGACAAUUCAAGCUUUGUUGAUGGCUAACUUAUACAGACAGAAUAAAACUGUCGCUAUUUUGAGCUUUCUCUCCCUUGGAUUCUAAUCCAUUGUCUUGAAAGCGUCAGAUAAACCAGGAGCUGAAUGCAACUUUGUCGACUCUAGUUCUGCUAGUAUUCUCAGUAAUAAACUAGGCAGGUGAAGCUCAUUUCGGUAAUGUUAGUCGGCUUUCAAUAUUUUUGAUUUCCCCUCAUUAUCCUCAAAUUCAAGUUAAUUCCACUUCACUGCCAAAAAUGAAAUUAUCUUGUGCGUUCUUUGGUUUAAAAUUUUCAGGAGAUUUCUGAUGUGUUGACUAAUGAAGACAACAGCGCAUGUGCAUUUGAGAUACUUCACAGUGGAAUGGUACCCAAUAUUCUAAGGUAUGGUCAUUCUUUCGUUAAGAAUUAACACAGCUGUUUUCAGUUGAACAACAAGAGUAAUUUCCAUCGUCCCUAGUUUUUUCACCCUAGCUUCACUAUCCCGAUUCCUGGAACAGCCUAGAUUGUCUUCACUUUUUGAUUGGCUAAAAUUUUUCAUACCGCUUCUUUCACCAAUCAGAAGUUACCACUGAACAAAUGUGGCGUACCUGUGAGCAUUUUCCCGCGCUACAGAAUCUGCAACACGGAUGCAUUCAGUCACAUGGGCUCAGUUGUUCACAAAAGUACAAUUUGUUUUAUCUAUUGAUUUAUUUACUUAUUUGUAUCUCCUUACAUAGGUAUUUAACAUCGACAGAGGCAGAUGACGCUCUUCCCCAAGAAAAACGAAUGAGAAUAUUUUUCCACGUUUUUGCUGGUCUGCCGGUCAGUAUUAAAUUAACAUCCUUUUUUAAUUCUCUCUUGUCUGUUGUUCUUAGAAGGGUUAUCAAUUUUAGUUACUUUUUUUAUCCCUGUUUUUUAUGUAAACGACACCAUGUACUUGUUUUUCUGGCCACAAAAAACAAUCUAUCGUUGAAGUGUUCGUUGUGAGGAUUUUUCUAAUUUCAGCGUACACUAACCAGUUUUUAAAACGACUUUCGACCUCUCAGCUGAAACUAGCCUCCAUUGCAGGCGCAUUCUCUUUGCUUAUAAUCGCCAUCUUUGAUUUGGAAAGCAAAGGAAGACUUGGAAGAGAAGAGGGUGUGUUUAAGGCUGAAAGAAGACGGCGGUUGGAUGAAAUCCGGUAGAAGGAGGUCACACACCUUUUGAAGCGUACAAUGUAUAUCAUAUACCUGCCGUGAAGUAUAGUGAUAUAAAGGGUUAGAACACAAAGUGAAUGAUAUGUUCAUACAGGAUUUUGUGCCCGUCAGAAGGUGGCGACCUACUUCUAUGGAAUUCCAUCUAAAGCCACGACCAUUUGGGGGAUUGCGAGGUAGGGAGACGGCAGGGAGGGGUGGGCUGCCCCCUUCCCCCGUCCCCCGUCCCCCGUUUCUUUAAAUAGUGCCUUACAUUCCAGCAAACGUUAUUGUGCCAGCCCCCCCCCCCCCCCCCCCAAAAACCCCCCCCGGCGGUUAUUCAAAAUCGUCUUUUAACAGCGUAAAAACAAGUGAGAAAUGGAGGUUUUGCUGUGUAUUUUUUUUUUCCUUGGAGAUGGCCUGGAAACCCCCCCCCCCCCCUCCUAGAAACGUCGCACUGCAGUUUAAUCAAAACUGUUUGAUAUAACGCUACAAAUAGUGGUAAACAUGAAGUUUGUCGUUAUAUUUUCUUCUUCCAGGAGACAUGCUCACCUGGAGAUAUCAAACUUGAGGUAAAGACCUUUCUGUGAUUUAAGAACUCACGUGUAGUGCAAAGGUUAUUACUAGAGAGGGGGAUGUAUUGUGGGUACAACAAGUUGGAGCCUCGGUCUCAUACAGUGGAACCUCGGUAUAACGAAGGGCCAAAACACUGGUUCGUUAUAUCGAGGCUCCACUGUAUAUUUUUGAUUGAGCUAUAAUUGUUGUGUGUAUCAGUUGUAAAAUUUCAUUUUGUUUUUCCUUCUUCAACAGAGUGAGCCCAACGUGGGUGCCCUGAUCGCUUUGAUACAAAAACUUCACUUGUGUAUUAAUCAGUUGGAACAGGUAAUAGACUGGCUAUAUAACAAUUUCAUUUCUUUUCUCAAAUAGCUAGCUUGCGUUGCAGGCGUCGAAAGGGGAGGGGAGGGGAGGGAAGGAAAAGGAGAGAGGGAUUGAGGAGAGAAGAAAAGGAGCCCCUUCCCUUUUCCCGUUCGUUCUUGUCUCAAUGUAGGUUUCUGGGAAACUGCCUACCUUCCCCUCCCUUGAGCCAACAUUUUGCCCUAAGUGAGAGAACAGUAUAAGAGUCUGGGAAACUGCCCACCUGCCCCUCCCUUAAGCCAAGAUUUUACCCUAAGUGAGAAGUAGGUUUUAAUGAUGGCUUAUGAGAGGGGUAAGUGGGUAGUUUCCCCGAAACCUAAAUAGAUCCCUUUUUUGCGCCUGCCAUGCAGGCUACAGGUUGUUAAAUGGAAAACCUUUUACAAAUUCCAGCUUUGUACAACAGCCAUGCGCAUGGACGGCCUAUAAAUGUAAAUGGAAAUGACGGAUUAACCGUCUUGUUUUUCUCUCAAAAAUAAGGUUGUUGUCUUGGAGAGAACAUCUUAUGUACCUGGUACCAAAAUGUAAAAUGCAGUUACCUGGGCUUUGUUAUAAAUCUGUUUUUUUUGUGCCGUCGUGGCUGAAUCAUCGACCCAGAAUAUAUAUCUGUUAUCUCUCACUAGUAUCUUUAAGGUACAGCCAUAUUUUAACAGCUUUGAUCAUUUUUGUAGCUUCCAGUCAAAGUCCAUGACACUCCAGGCGGAGCAGUCGGGGCGAGGUAAUUUUCCUUUUUUUUGUUUAAGCAACAUUCAUUUAGGACAAUUCUCAGUCGAGUUACAUAAAUCAUCAUCAUCAUCAUCAUCAUCAUCAUCAUCAUUAUCGGUUUCAGUAAUAACACAUAAUUUAACUUGGCACACAACUUUAAUAGUGUCGUGUGUCAACCCAGAAGGCUAGUUAUGUUGUGCACAACAUCUCGCGCGAGAAACCCUCUAGUGCAAUCUCUUUCUACUUCCUGCGACGUAGCCUUUUCUAGACCCUCUAGACGGGCUGGGACUUGGGAGGGAGGGCUGGGAAACUGAUAACUAUGCCUGACCUUUCAAUCUAGCGCUCCUCCCAAAUCUGUGAUAAUAUAGCUACUUCUACUAAUGAUAUUGCACCAAGUUAACACUGCUGACGUCAUUCCGUUUUAGGGGGUCUCAAGCUCUUAGAUUCUUCAGUUCCCACCAAAUCAAGGUAUUGUAAAUUUAAAGUAAAAAAUAAUCGUCUUGCAAUGUAAUUGGUGUUGAUUAAGGAUACAGCAGGUCAUCGUCGGCAAUCAGGUUGUUUUGAUUAAAAAAAAUACGGAUACCCCUUAGAGAACUGAGCGAAAUGACUGGAAUCUUAGGCGGAGAAGGUUUUCCUGGCGUUACUGAGUUGAACUUUGAUUAUUACUGACGAAAUUGGAGAUGUACCUUACCUAAUGAUACUUGAAUUAUUCUGUUAGUGUCUUCUACAAAGACACCCUGACUGCGAGGGCUUGAAGCAGUGGAAGCGUGGACCAGUGAAAAUUGAUCCUCUGGCGCUAGUCCAGGUAGGUACUGAUUUGUUUUGGAUCAUUAUACGUUGCUGGGAAACUCCCCACCUGCCCAUCUCCUAAGCCAACAUUUUGCCCCAAGUGAGAAGUAAGUGUUAAUGUUGGCUUAGGGGAGGUGUAGGUGAGUAGUUUCCCAGAAACGUAUAAUGAUCUGUUUUUUUAAUACGUCAAUGAAGUCUCUUUUAAGCUGGACAGUAUCAGGAUCAAGUCCUUUAGCUAUCUUUCUUACGUUAGUGUUUGCAUUUUAGAAAGGACUGUUCGCGCCCCUCGCUUCUCUUUGCUAAAUCUACCCAUUGAUACCUAAGAGGCAGGCCUCUCUUCUUGGCCAUUAACUUCCUUUGUCAAUGACCUUUUUUUUUAUUUGCGCUCAGCAGACGGCUACAAUAGAGUUAGUCUCCAAGGCAUCCACCCAGAGGGAGCUUACUUUGCCAGUAGAAAAAAAAUCAAAGCGCCAAAGUCGAUAUGCUUUUGCUAAUCUGACUCUGUAUUGUAUUCUAGGCAAUCGAACGCUAUCUCGUUGUUCGUGGUUAUGGAAAGAAACGAGAGGUAAUUAUUGUCAUUUUUUUGUUGUUGUAAAAUUGUGUCCUUUUGUCCAUAGCUGUCAGCUAGAUUGUCAACAGUUUGAGCUUUACCGUCUAUAGACCCACGACAUUACUCUUACUUAAUGCUGCUUUUGAGUAUUCCCUCUUCCAAAAGAAUGGCUCGUUUACAUGUUCAGCAAAAGCACGGGCUUUAUCAAACACAAGUAACCUACGUAUAAACUGCGGCAGCCAUUAGCACCCGGCUUUUUGUAACCUUAUCCCGUUUAUUCCGCGUAACACAAUGACUCAAUCAUAGACAGUGCCACAAGAAAGUAGGAAUCUCCUUUUUUAAGCUUGAGGUCUUGCUUGCGACUUUGCGUCAUGUUACUAUACUUCAUGGUUUUGCUUUCUUGUGCAAAUUAGGGGCUUUUGCUAUUUUAUUACCAUAUUCCAUAUGGAAGUAAACAACAAAAUGACGCCGUCGUUCAAAUUGCCUAUCGAGUUUAUUCUCUCUAAUUCUCUGUCGAAUUUGAUGAUAACUUUUAUUUUAUGGUAGCCUUUUUGUGUAAUUUUCAAUUAUCAUUAUCACUAAUUUUAUAGAAUCCUGAUGAUGAUGGAAGUGACGAUGAUGGGUAAGCUGUUGAAUAUUGAGUGUGACGUUGUGUUGACUUUUUCUUGCGGGCCAAUGCGGGAAAUCCCGAGCGGGCGAGAUCGGUGCAUCUUGCCCUCUUGGAUAGCCAAUCAGAACGCAGGAUUCGCUUCAUCCUGCCCGCUCGCAGAUUCAGCCAUAUCACAAGGGCAAAAUAGUGAGUUUACGCAACAGGACGGAAGGAAUUAGGGGACGAGAAAUCACUAUUACUUGCGUGUUUUGUCGUGAUCUUCACUAACAUCGGCACUCCGUCGGCUUCACAAUAACAGACCUAAAAACUUACUUAUUUACUUACAAGUCGGUAGCAAUAUUUACAGUUUCUUUGUCAAAAAAAAAAACAUUAGAGAAGGGAAUCAUCUCGCUCAUAAUUGUUGUCAUUUUCUUAGUUACUUAGUCAGUCAGUCAGUUAGUUAGUCUGUUAGGUAGUUAGUUUGUCUUUAGACGUUAAUGAAGGUUUAUUCCUUUUUUUCCAGUUCGGAUGAUGACAUAGAUGAAUCUCUGGUAAGUCAAUCAUCCUCUUUGCAAUAUUGGCAAUAUUCUUUUCGAUUUGUUUUGUUUUUAUGUGCGUCACACACUUUGCUAAUGCUUGAUCCACUUUGACAGGCGACUGAACUACAAGGACAAAACAAUUCAAGGUUUGUCAUUAUUUCAGUGUCUUCUGAUAAAGAAAUCAUCCCAUAAUUGUAUUCUAAAAAGCUGUUUCUUUCAAAUUAUGUUUUAAGAAAGAAAAAGAUUAAACAAUCGUCUUAUGUCGACCUUAGGACAAAGAAAAAUUCUUGAUUCCCCGACAGAAUUCGAACCUGAACAAAGUAUCACUGGGUGAGGGCUAUAGCUACUUAGUUAUCAUGGAUACGUUUCUGGGAAACUUCCAAUAUACCCCUCCCCUAAGUCAAAAUUAACACUUACUUCUCACUUAGGGCAAAAUGUUGGCUUAGGGGAGUGGUAGGUGGGCAACAAAAAAGAAAUCUCCAAAGGGACUGGUUUUGAAAACCAACAUGGCCGCCGUUUUAUUGUUUUGGAACGCCAAUAUGGCCGCCGUGACGUCAUGUGAAAACGCUCUAUUGGUGGCAAACAGAAAUAAAAAACUCGAAAAUUCGAAAUUUCAUUUUUGUAAAAUCUUUAUAAUUAAAUAGCACCGUGUCAAAGUUUUGCUGAAGAGGUUUCAUUUGAAUAGUCUCUAUCUUCCAGAUCUGUGGUCAAGAUUCUAUGGUGUUGCCAUUCAUCAAAUAAAACUACUUUGUUAGAACUUUUGAGUGGUUCUAUUCAUUUCUUAGGAUUUUACAAAAACGUUAUGAGGAAUAUUUGUGAUUCUUUUAUAUUGGCAUUCUAGCCCAGUAAAAAGGCUAAGCUCGGCAGUGAAUAAGGAAGAUGAUUUACUCGAUACAUAGGGGAAAAUUGUAAGGGAAUUUCAAGAGAAAUUUUCUUGAGAGUGGCACUUGGCCUAAAAUGGGGAAACAAACAGAGUUUAAGCUAAAACGUCUCGGGAUAGAUGCUUGAAACCUAGCGUCAGACGUAACUGUUAACGUAAGCCGUUAAAAUAAAGAGUUUUGAUGGUGCUGAACGUCCGGAGUUAACGGCUUGUUGUCUUAAAUGAAAAGAGUAUUGUUUUGGUGACACUUAUGAGUUUUUUUCUGUAUUUAGACAUCAGCUGGAGAUAUUAUUGGGUGACCAUCCUCUGCCAUACAACAUGACCGUGUAUCAAGCAAUUAAGCAGUUUGGUCAGGUAUGUUGGGUGAAGAAACCUUGUAGAAACCUUGUAGCAAAUGCCACAAAAUAUGUCGAUAAAGCGUUGACGAGCAGUUCGCUAAGCCUUUGAGCGUCGUGUUGGAAUAUUUGGUAGCCUAUAAGGGAUAAGGUUUUAUUGACUUCGUUAAUUUACGAACAAACUGUGAUUCUGGGUCGAUGCGAUAGUGAUUCACAAAUCGCUAGUGUCAUUAACUGGUUUCAUCCUUUCACUUCCCAAAGUGGCUAAGCUCCAAAAUUAACAAAUUUCUUGUUGUAAAAUACUGCAAAAAAAAAAAAGAGCGCAGCGUAAAAGUACUGCCAUAGAGGUUUCUGAUCAGUGUUUUGGUUAGGGAGAAAACAGAAGAUGAAAAGAGAACAAUGGACCGCCACAUAGAAACAGUGUUUUCUUGACACUAAACCAGAAUAUUCAGAUUUCUAAAUGACAAGAUCCUCGCUAUAAAAAUGGAUAAAAGCGUCGUUUGUAAAGCGGACACCAUAUUGUCUUCCCAAAGCCAAGAAGGCAGACUGAAUUUAAAUGUGGCUGUAGUAUAGUUCACUGUUUAUGUUGAAGUAAUAGGGAGCUUAAGCAACGAUAACGGCGACGGCUACGAAAACGUCACUUAAAAAGUGAAUUGGCACUGCUUCAAACUUUAUCGCGCUUAUUCCAUCUCGUGUAAUUCGUCAAAUGUUGGCAACUUUUUUUAGAAUGGAAUUCUAAAGGACAGUAUCAAAGUCCAGGAAAAGAAUAAGAAAGUUGUUGUCUUGUGUUUACGUCCUCGACAAAACGUGAAAUUAGGCAUUUUCACGUUGUAGUCGUGCAACGACGGCUAAAGGCCUGUUUACAUGGAGUUGGGGAACCCCAGGUAGGUGAGGUAACCCGCUUUGGUGAGGUAACCCGCCUGUCCAUAUAAUCUGUCAUUUUAAUUUGAUCACGUUUACAUGAUAGGUGGGGUGACCCGCCGCAUGUUACCUCAUCUAUCUGGGAUCCCCCACCUCCAUGUAAACAGGCCCUAAGAAAUGUACAAAAAAGCUUGAUGCACGUGCAUAGUUGUUGUUUUGCCUAUUCAACGUAUUGUGUUUUUUUGCCGUUCUUGUAGUGCGAUGAAGACAAAGACUUUGACGAUGACCAAGGUAUCCUAGGAAGACCCAGUAUCUGGGUUUCUACACACACAAUAUGGUGAGUGGUAUGGCGUUUGCAGUUUAUUAGGGACGUUUAGAUUGGACUACGGAUCUGCGAUUGUGCGAGUACGAGUUUGCAAAACAAGGUCAUUUGCCUCAGAUUGUUACAGCAAUCUCACCACUUCAUGUUCUGUUCUCCUCAUCUCUUUAUGGUCUUGUUAUCAACCCGGUGGAUCUGAGAGACUUGUCUAGCUUCGAAAGUCAUACUUCCAAAGUCAUAUUCCAUUUUUGUAUUCUUAGUCAAAACAGUCAGAAACCAUUCUUGACAACUUGAGCUCAGUUCUAAGUAGAGGUUAUACGGUGAAUUGUUGUGUGUAGUUGGUAUUUUAUAUUACGCCGACAAAAGAUACAAGACGUAUUGAACUCGUUGGCAAACGGUAAGAGCAAUUUGUUUUGUGUUACGGGAUUAUGUAUUGUCAGAGUUUCUGGUAUUGCUUAAUUUUGUUAUACUCGAUAUAAAGAGCUUGUGUCAUUCUUUGACUCAAAAAGUUGUGAAUCAAAAUAACCUAGAAUAAUGCCUAGCCAGUGAAAAGUGCUUCUCGCGUGCUGUGAAUUGCCAGGUGCGAGGUGAAUAUCCUGUGCUAAAGAAAGUGACUUUUCAUUGUGCUUUGUUGUAAAAGGCAGAAAAUUUCCCCUGAUGUAGGUAAAUAGACCAGUUUUUGUAUACGACAUUACAUUCGUUAAGCAUUGUUGUACAAAAUGUUUGGCUAGUAUAUACUACAACUAUUAUUCACCCCCAGUGUCGGUAAAAUUGGAGGAUAUUUAGCGAUCCACGUGGCUACAAGGCAAUUAUACUCGCUUAUUUCUUCACUACUUAGGUGUAUAAUUGUUACUUGUUUAAGAACCAGGUGUCAUAUAACAUGCAACUUUACGGGGGAUGAGAAUCCUAUCUCUUUUCGUAGAUUAAGGACUCUGAACUAACUUAGACUGCGCAGCUCUCUUGCCUAAUACUCGUUAAGGAAUAAGCCCGGUCUAUAACUCAUUUUUGUGGUGAUAUUUGUCAGGUUCCGACCUCUGACUCCAAACCAGAAAGAGCAACAACCUGUCCUCACCAGCAAACCCAAAACUGGAUCGGCAAGUGCUUCACGAUCUUCUAAGAAAUCUUUGAAGGAAGAUGGUGAGCAGUUCAGUACGUUAAACUUUCUAUGUUGUGGUGGCUUAAGACUGCCGUUUGUUUGCUUGAUGUUUGAUUGUUCUUAAAAACAAAAGUUUUUGUUCGUUGUCUUUCCAUUUAUCAGAAGUUGUGUUAAGUCAUAUAGUGGUGUCAUUACUUUAUUGGCCUUUUUGCUGUUGUGCGUAAAUCCAGGCGGUUUUGUGUUGAGCUGUAUUACGGAACUGUUUUGGGGACUUUAUACUGGCUAUUACGACUUGGCGAGGGAAACUGAGUCGCAAUUCGACACGUCACCGUCCCAGUCUUUUGCUCAUUCUCUCAACGGCUCAAUGGCUCUUUUCGGCCCAAGUUGCUCUUCGGUUCAAUACCUUUAUAGGGCCUGUGCGUGUGAACACGACACAUUCAUAUAUUUAUUAUUUCCUUUGAUAGAUUCAGAAAAUGACGUAUCCAUGAGUCAGCUGCUUUCAGCUUGUGAGCCACAAAGCUUCAGUAAGUUCAACAAUAAAUGUCAAAGAAUAGAGAGUAUUUAGAGACUAAUAAUUUAUCUUGUCAGAAUAAAAGAACAAAUGAAAAAGUCGUAGUGUUAAAUUCACGCCCUCCGGAUACCGGUCGGAUAUUCUUUCGUACUAAGCUACGUGGAGACAAGUGACGAGUGAAGUCCAGAGCUAGUUUUAUUCAAGCUGAAAAUAAACUUGUGCGGAAGAGAGUUUCAGAGUAGUUUUUCAGUUUAAUCGAAGAGACUUAAGCAGAAAGCUGAAAUUCAAGCUAAACUUUUAGAUACCUGCUCGCUUACGUAUCACAGAUAGUCGACUAUUCGCCAUUUAAUUUAAAAUUAUUUUCGUUGUUGCUUGGUAGUUAUAUCUGAUCCAAGUAUUGAGGUAAUCAGCCUUAUGAAAGCCCUGCACGUGAUCAAUUCUCAUUGGACAACCCUUUACGAGGUGAGUAUAGCUGAAUUCUUAGAGGAGAGCUUUAGGUUUGACGACGAAGACGACUACUAGUACGUGAUUUGACUUAAAAGUUUUUCUCGCGUAUUGUCGAGAAAGUAUUCGACCCGGAAAGUUUCAUUGUACUAUUUUUCCAAUAGACCUGCACCGUUCGAAACUUCUUAUUUCACUGGUCCCCUUUAAUCUGCACUUCCAUUGUUUUCAGGGAUAGGGGCAUUGUUAUGUGACAAUCCCUAUUGUUUUGCCAGCUAAUCAAAAGCAAUCUUUCAAAUAGGUGCGGGAUCGCCCUAUUUUUCACCUGAAAAAUUAGUGCGGUUAUUUUUAUUGGAGAAGGUCUAGCCCUUUCCCAAUACCAAAAUGAUAAAACUUCUUACAUUAAUUUUGAUAACUUGUUCCCGCUACCACGACAUUCUCGCUAAAACUCGUAGUAGAAUGACGACGGCUAUCACGUUUUCCCGCCAAAAUGACGCUUGUUCACGCGGUGCAAUACUUAGUACUGAGAAAACCUCGUAGUUUCCUCGUCCUCGAAUCUAAAGCUCUCUAUUGUUUAGCAAUCAAGAGCUUCUUUAGUUGCUGAUUAUUUGCUUUAUUCUCAUGACCUUAAUGCUUUAUUCGGCGGUAAUACUGUAACAAGAAGUAAGAUGCUUAUCAGUCUUAGACCCAAGAAAAUAAUCUGUGCUGUAGCAGAUCAGUGAUAGUUGUGUUUUCCAUGCGAUUGUCAAUACCAAUGAGAAAUCAUACAAUUAACUUCUUUUUUCUUUUUCUUGUUAGGGGCAAAGCCGCCGGUCUUUUUUGUCUUCAAAUGAGUUUAUAAACAACAAACUUGCCGCAAAGGUUACCAGGCAAUUACAAGGUAACAUUUUCCCUUCUCUUCGUAUAGAAAGUCAUUUCGAUGGUACUGCUUGAGAAUUAUAAAUGUUGAAACCUGCCUUGUAAAGCGUAAUAGGAAGCAUCAGUGAAAAAUCUGCUCAGUUGCUUUUAUCUGAAUGAUCACUUCUUUACUCGAGAACUCAGUCUAAAAAGUGAAAAGUAAAGCGAAAGCAAUUCUAGUCAACUAUAUCAACGGUAGACGCCUUUGUAAGUCAUCGGCUUUAUUCUCUGCGACUGAACUUCCUAAAGUAUACAUCUACAGCUAGACCAUCGGGGCCGGGUUGUUCAAGGCCAGUGGCGGAUCCAGGGGAGAACCCCUCCCUUAUUUUUAGACCAAACCGAACGUUUUUUCUUUGAGACUGCCCCCCCCCCCUUCCCUACGGGGCCGGUUUCCCCCCCUCCCCCCCCCCCCCCAGCUCCGCCGCACUUUGGACACAGCACGUACACUAGAUACCGCAAGGACAGAUACAAUGAUUCCUAUCAUGCCUGUACUUACUGACAGUAUAUGUUAGGCCAUGUCCCCCCCCCCCCAGGGUUAGCGCGAAAUUUGAAAUCAGAUAUGAAUGCUUAAAACGCAAAUUCAGUUUAAUUCUUUUUUGCCUACAAUUUGAUGAUUGUUCGGCAUUUAGCCUCAUUUUACAACUGUAUCUGUUUCAGAUCCCAUCACCGUGAUAACUGGGAAUUUCCCUGCUUGGGUUGAAGAGCUUCCUCGCAAAUGGUAUGGUUUUCAGUAGAGCUCUUUGAUUUGUAUCUUUUGUUGUUUAGAUAUGGCGUUAACGGUUUUUACAUUACAGUACAUCACAAUGACUGUACCCUGCUUGUAUUGCAUUUUUCCUUUGUAACAUGUCCUGCCAGUAACUGUGCUUACACGUGGUUGGCUCCCCCCAAAAUGUUCUGCAAUUGGUACAGGAUUUAAUGGAGCCGAAACCAAUUGUGAAAUAGAGAGGAGAAGUGGUUACGUCACGUUGCCAUGGUAGCAAAUUUGUGGAUGACAACAAACCGAAAACAUCACUUAAAAAGUGAAUUCGCGCUGUUUCAAACUUCGACGGUCUUAUUCAAUUUCAUUUAAUUUGUUAAAUGUUAGCGAAAUUUUCUGGGGUUAAAUCCGAAAAGACCGUAUUUAAGUUUCGAAAAAGAAAAAGACAAUUUUUACGUUGUGCUCGCGUACUUCGUAAAGCGGGUGCGUGAAAUCGGGAAGUUUCACGUCGCAGUCGUGCAACGACGGCUAAGAAACGUACAAAAAAACGUGACGCACGUGCACAGUUGUUGUUUUCCUGAUAUAAACCUAUGGCUUUUUCCCAGUUCUCUUUGCCGUCGCUGGCGUCGUUGCUUAAGCUCCCUAUCCAGAAAUUUUGCUACCAUGGUAACGUGACGUCACACUUCUCUAUAUUGCACGCAUUUUAGGCAGCCCAUUAAUGAACGGUCACGGAAAUCAGAUAUUUGCAGGAGCAAGAGUCGUUUAUAAUCUGUCCCCUUUCAAUGCAGCACAGUAAAAUACAACACAGCACAGCACAACACGGUGUAAUUUAAUGCAAUGCAAUGCAGUGCAAUACAGCAGAAGAGGUAGGAAGUGAUAGUGAUAACACUGAUGACCCUGUGGUCCUCUUACUGUAUUUCAGUCCAUUCCUAUUCCCGUUUGAAUGCCGGCAACAGCUGUUCUACUGUACUGCAAUGGACAGAGAUAGAGCACUUAGCAAGUUACAGGUAUGGUCAUUACUCUGAAGUAGUAUAUUCUCAAGAUUAUUUCUUCUUCUGACUAAUCUCUGAUAAGGAACCCCUUUCGCUACCCUGCGAGUAAGCUCACCAAUUAUGGCAGGCGAAGUGAGCCGCUAGGGCGGCGCACACAAAGAUUCUCACCCUUACGUAUUCUAGGAGUGAAAAGGGUUAAACUUGGUGUGGGGAAAACACGAACUUCUGCGAUGUCAUUCCCCAUUUUAUUGUAGAUGGAGUACCGAUCUGACGGGCAGUUCGUUUUCACUGAUUUAACUGCUAACAGGCAUCCCGUUACUUGUUCACAGACCUUUUAUUUUAUCUUAAGAAAUCAUCGAGCGCGCUCAUACAAAUAAAAACCGCGGGGAACUUAUUGACCGCUAGCGCAAAGAUGUGUGACUGGGGAAUUUCGUUCUUUUUUUCCUCACUCUUCGCACUCGUGCACUUACCAAAUUGUCGAAAAAAAAAAGAAAGAAAGAAAGAAAGAAAGGAGAUUCAGAACGUCUGUGAACAUGCUUGGCUUCACGCCAUAUAAUGCCCAUCAUAAGGUUGUAACUUUGCCUUUCUUCCUAGGAAACACUACCCGAGCUUAUGAAUACAGAAGCCUCCGAUCGCGUGGCACCGAGAUUUGAUAGGAAGAAGGUUUGUUUAUAUGUUUGGUUAUUUGACUUUAUGUUUUCAUUGAUAGACUACCCCCUCACUCCGCCUAGUGAGCGUACACCGUCAAACGAGGUCGAGGUUUGUUUAACAAAAUUCCGUAAAAAUCGCUAUGUUUUGUCUACUCAAGCCUCGGUUUAGUGCCUUUGUGGGCGGAAGUGGAGCCUACACGUAAAUACCGCUUUAUGUUUCUUCCUAAUUUCUCGUAAUGUUUUAGUGCUUUGGCUUCUGUAAAUUAUUGUUGACAUUGCGAAUUUCGUAUUUGUAGCACACUGUUUCUCGUGUUGGGCUGCUUGACCAGGCGGAAAAACUGAUAAGUGAUUUGGGCAGUUCGCAGUCUGUACUGGAAAUACAAUAUGAAGGCGAGGUGAGCUUGUAGACCAGUCCUCAGCAUAUGCAUGCGUAGAAAAAACGCUCUUUAAAAAGAGCGUGUGUCAAGUUAGUGUCGAAAACUUUGUUGUAGCUACUCUGAUUUUGUGUUUUCUGUACAUUGUGAUUUGUAAAGACAAAAACUCCUCGUAUCUUAUUAACCAGUCAGUAAUGGGCACAAUUGUUUUCCCGCCCCUGGCUGCGGGCGCCGGUUACAUUUGUAUACUUUGUCACCGUUUGUUUUGAUUGGCUCCAGUUGGUUUGAAUUUACUUGUGUCAGGAAUCAGGUGCUGUGGAAUCCUGCCAUACGGCCACGUUGUUAUUACGGGCACUUUGAGUUUCGCGGCGAAAUGCCCAUUGUAUUUUCUUAGAAGAAAACCUUAUUAAUGGGGCCGCGUCGUUGAUGUAACCAAAUGCGCAUUAUAAAGGAAAAGAAAACAAUAAUGAUAUCCCUUGGUAACUGAAAGUGUCUGUAAAAUUGGUAUUGUUCGCUUUUAAAAAAACUUGCGAGGUUCUACUGUCACUGACUUAGAGGGAUGCUAAAGAAAAGAACAACAAUCCAAGCAUACGAAACGGUUCCGAUGUUGUCCGAGGGAUUUGACUGAGCGAGUAGUUGUGACGCGUGCUUGUGUGUGUGUGUGGGGGGGGGGGGGGGGGGGGGGCUGGGUGGGUUUUUUGGGGGGGCAAGCUGAAAUAGAAGGCCGCAUAUUGAGGAUAUUCUGGCUGAAUAAUAUUUUUAGUGGGGGGGUGGGGUUGGGCCCACACUGUGUUUUUCAUGGUUUUUUUAAAACAAAUAUAAACAGGCGACCAGAGGAGGUGGGUAGAAAAAAAAUAAAAAAAGUACAGUUUCGAUAGAUGUUUAAUUAGGUGUAUAUUUGUUGUGUUGAUAAUAAUAUAAAGGGUGAGGGGGUCUUGUAUUGGUAGAAGAGAAGAAAAAAAAAAAAAAAAAAAAAAAAAACGCAAUAGGUGGGGGUUGGUUGGGGGUGGUGGGUGGGGGGUGGGGGGUGGGGGGGGGGGGGGGGGUGGGGGGGGGGGGGGGGGGGGGGGGGGGGGGGGACGCUGUUGAGAGUUUCUCGUGGCUCAACUUCAAAUCAAAUGCGCCAUGAUAGUAAGAUUCGAUCUGAUUAAUAUUUUCAGGUUGGGACUGGGUUAGGUCCCACGCUGGAGUUUUACGCGUUGAUUUCACAAGAAUUUCAAAGAGCAGACUUGGAGAUGUGGAGAGGAGAACGUACUCUGCCCCCAGGAAGAACAGGUAAGGUUUUGGUUUUGUAGAUUGUCCGCGAUUUUUUUUUUUCUUGCCUCCUUUUUUUACAAAACAGUACGAUGCGGUAACUAAUUAAUACCAUCCUAAAAGAGGAGACUUUGAAAGCGAAUUUAAGUUGAACGGCGUGGCAUUGAUCUCUGGUCAAACGGUCACAUCAUUGUCACGGCAUGUGUUGAGAGAUGUUGAGACCAUGCGAGGUCAAUCCAUCUCACCAAUCCCUCAGCACAACUUUAACAAAUAAUAGUACUUGUUAUCACAAAAACAGUCGAAACUCCGCUUGCAGACACCUCUAUGAUAGGGAGACCUGUCCAGUUCGCUGACAGUUCGCUUUGGAUCAAACUCACUACGCUUCAUUAACACGGACUUCUCUAUAAUGCAGACACUUGGCUGUAUCCAUUUGAAGGAGGUUUGGCGGUGCACUGAGUUUGCGCGAACUCAGCAAAGACGUGAGGGCGGAUCAAACCGCUUCUACAUUUGGAAGUCAAUGGAGGAGGACAAAAGAAAUGGUGUUACUGUGUUAUGAAAAUUUUCGGCAUGUCACAACUUCUCACAACAAUGUUGAGAGGGGGUAUCAAACAGUCAGCAGAUGUUAGGGCCAUAGUGCGAUAAUAUUGGGGCAAUGUUCUGACAAUGUUGGGUUAAUGUUGAGACUAUGUUGGGAGAAUGUUGAGACUGUUUCACCGGUAGUUUACAUCAAUCAAGAUUUGCCUGCCUAACGUUUAUUCUUCGUUCAAUAGGUUUUGGAGACGACGUUUCGUAUGUGUACUCACCAAAUGGCCUCUAUCCAGGUGACUUAAAAUUUUUAACUUUCUUGAGAACAGAUACACUAACAGAGCUCUUACUGGCUUCCCUUUCAUAGAGCGAUUUACGCGUAACCUUGAAAUGAAAACGCGCGAACAAAACAGAAACAACAAACGAACGGAAAUAUUGCGAUUUGAUUAGUUUAUCGAACAGAUACAAACGCGCGUGGCUUUUGGUUGGUUAAGCGAACGCUCGGGUAAAAAAACUUCAUGCCCGAGAACUUUCUAGAAAUCAAAUGAAAACGCGCGAACAAAACAGAAACAACAAACGAACGGAAAUAUUGCGAUUUGAUUAGUUUAUCGAACGGAUACAAACGCGCGUGGCUUUUGGUUAGUUAAGCGAACGCUCGGGUAAAAAAACUUCAUGCCCGAGAACUUUCUAGAAAUCAACCGAUACUUCGCUUUGACGUCAUACUGCAACACUAUUGGCCUAUCGAAUAGUGCCUUCUCCAUAUUAGGGUUUUCUUUGGCGGGCAAACGAAGACGCCAUGUUUUGAUCUUUUUAUCCACUGGCUGAUAAAACAAAUAACGAACACUUACCGAAACUAUUUUUCUAGGUCAUACGAAAAUCGCUUUAUGGUUGUUUUUGCCUCUCGAAAGGCGGCGGCUUGAGAAUAGGAAACACCUCCCCACACAUUUUGUUCUUACACCCACUUCAAGACUGCAGAUGACAGACUUUUAUGUAAAAAAAAAAAAUCAAGAUGUAGCUUAACAGUAAAAAAGUUCCGGAUUCUCCAGAGCCGUGUCGCCAGAGUAAUAACGGACCAUGUAAUAACGAUUAUUUAUUUGAGAGGAUAUAUAUUUUGUGGUUAAGAUUUUAUUGGCCUUGCCCAACACAAUACGUAUUCAUUUAUCUCACGUUAUUUAGCUCCAAUUUCACGCAACGCCAAAACAGCAACCGUGACAAAGCUGUGCUCAAAGUUCCAGUUCCUGGGCAAGUUUCUUGCGCGCGCCAUAAUGGACUUCAGAAUACUGGACAUUCCCUUCUGUCCAAUACUAUACAAGUGGCUCCUCAAUCAGGAGGGAACGCUUGAUUUGGGUGAUCUUGCAACCAUGGAUCCGGUGCUGGCGAGGUCGCUGUCUCAGCUACAACAGGUUGUGCAGCGAAAGAGACAGUUAGAACAAGACGCUUCUCACACUCCGGAGAGUCGGCAAUUGGCUGUGGACAGUCUGACGCUUGAUGGAGCCCCCAUUGAGGAUCUCGGCCUGUCGUUUGCUUUACCCGGCUAUCCGGAUGUGGAGCUUAAGGUAUAUUAUAAUCGAUUGUUAUUAGUGAUUGUGGACAGCGAGUUCUCAUACUCAUAUUAAUUCAAAAAUAGAAAACAGAGGAAUCAUUCAUUGUAGUGUUGAGAAAACCUCCCGGAUUUCCAUCCUUAAUUUCUCCCUUAAAACAAUUUGUUUGAGUGGUUAUAUCAUACGCACAACAAAAUGUUUCAUCACAAUAUCAAGAACCUCAAAUAUCAUCAAAAACGCUUCGCAACGCGUCAUAUAAUUAUUCAACCGAUUAUCUCAAAUUCUGUUUCGUGUAAGAUUACUUCAAAAGCUAAAACCCCAUUAUGAAAGCGAAGAAAAAGUUGAUGUUGAUGUUAUUGAUGAUGAAGAUGAUGUUGAUGAUAAUGAUGAUAUUCGAAUUUAUUGCCAAUCUGACAACAAAACAACAACUUUGCACGUGCAUCACGGUUUUUUUUAAUCAUCUUUUUAUUUUACAUUUCUUUGCCGUCAAAUGCUUAAUUAAGUUCACGUUUUAGGGAGGACGCAAAUAAGCGGCGACGAAUUUUUCUUUCUCUUUCUAAACUUGAGUGCGGUCCCCAUGAGAUCACCUCCAAGGAAAUUCGCCUACAUUGGACAUUUUUAACAAAUGGGAAUAAACGUAUCAAGUUUUGAAAAAACUCGAUUUCAUUUUGAAAGUGACGUUUUCACUGUCGUCACCGUUGUCGAUGCUAAAGUUCCCUAUUUACAGCGGUACAGCGGGGGAUGCACGGCAACUUUCACCCAACUAAUUUAUACUCCUGAUGAUUUUUAUUGCUAGUGAUUAAUUGAUUGACUGACUGAGUGAUUGAUUGACUGAUUGAUUGAUUGAUUGAUGUUUUAGAGAGGUGGAAAAGACAUCGCAGUCACUAUCCACGAUUUAGAAGAAUACAUCAAGGUAAAUUGAAUUUAAUUGAUCUCAACUAGAUACCAAACUCCCUCUGCAGCAAGGCUUUCACAGGAACACAUCGUCAUAUUGUUGUAUCUGAAGAAAAUCAUGUCGCCCUUUAUUAGAGAACUUCAAAAUUUUUGCUUGCCUAACAGGACCUACAAUGGUCCAGUCCUAUGCGUUAAAUGUCUACAUUUCAACAUUUUUUUUAACUGCAAGGUCGAAAUGCUGUGUAUUAUUCCAAGAUGUAUUUUUCACGCAAAUUAUCAAUGUAUUCAGCAUGAGUACUACUUCAGGACACCUCUCUGCCGGAGACGGGCUCCUCAAUUUUCAUGUGCCUGGUCAUCCAAGCCAUUAGGAAGGUGUAACCGUUUGCGGGACACUGAAGGCAAUAGAGCGAUUUAGAAUCACGUUAACGGCAAACGUCCUUUUGUACCACGUGAUCACGUUUACUGUUCGUGAUAUCUACUCAGACAUCAGCACACUCAUGUCAAUUUCAUCCAUAACAAUUGUUUUGGACAGUUUUGAUCGGCUCAUUUCUUAAUUUGAUAUAUGAAUCUGAAAUUUGCCGUUUGCCGUUAACGUGAUUGUAAAUCUCUCUAACAACAUACUUUAUCAUUUAUUUAAAGAUGGUUACUGUUGGUGUGGCACUAGCCUGCGUUGCUGGCGGGAUUAGCGCGGGAGUGCUGUAUUGUUUUAGCACGAUAAAAUCCCUCGCGGCUUCGCCGUUCGCUUCGCGUGGCGGGAGCCGCCAAGAAAAUACCUCGGGCACAAGAAUCCCGCCAGCUACGCAGGCUAGUGUGGCCUGGGUAUUUUAACCCGUGAAUUCCCGCGCUGCGGACCAGCACUUUACCCUCAGAGCUAAUUUAUUUUUUGCCUAAUUGUUUUCAUUUUUCAGUUGGUUGUUCAGUGGACUCUUCUAACAGGUGUCAAACGCCAGCUUGAUUCUCUCCGAGAAGGGUUUAACUCAGUUUUGCCUCUGUCAAAUCUGACGAUUUUUACUUACAGUGAGGUGAGUCACAUGGUUUCAUCAUUUACUUCAACAUUCAUUUAAAAAAUUGUUGAAACAAAGGUCGAGGAGGCUGUUUGCGCACAUCAAACUACAGAAUCAACGUUUUCAAAAUGGCGGUAAGAGACGUGCGAACGCAGAUGUAUUUCCGGUUUCCGCUGUGUCUCCAAGGCGACGUUGCUUCUUCUGACUUUUUCCGCGCUACGUCCGUUCAACCUUUUUGUUUUUGUUUUUGUCUUUUUUUAAUUGCUUAGACGUUUUCUCUGAAAUUUAUGAUCGUUUUUCUUUCCAGAUGGAGCUAACUCUCUGUGGAAAUGUAGCCGAAAAGUGGGAUAUUAAAUGUAAGCAACAUCUCGUUACUUCAAUUGUAUUUGUAAAUUUGCCCGUCCACAUAAUGUUCCCUCAUUGUUGUAACAAGUUGUUUUUAUAUUUAACUCAGUAAGUGGCCAUUCCUAAUCAACAAAAUGGCUGAAUUUGGCCACAUUGCUCGUCCCUGGCGUUAGGCGUUGACAUGUUAGCAAUAAAAUAAAUCAGUGCUGUUUUGGUUAAUACAGUGGUGUUGCAUUUUAGGUCUCGUUGAGAGCUGCCGACCCGAUCACGGUUACACCCAUGACAGGUGAGUGAAACCUUGCCCUAACUUUCUAUGGUCUUCACAAAAAAUAAACGCAACGAUAAUCUAAAUAAUCACAUUUCGGUGCUUCAUCAGUAAGUCAAGUCGUGGCUCGGCAGGAUUGGGGAAAGCGAAGUGGCCGAGAGGAGAACUGGAGAAAAUUUCCCACUCCUGAAACUGUAAAGGUGAUGUGACACGGGACGAUUCACAACGACGAUUUUUAACGCAACACAGCAUCACAAUAUUAGAACAAUGUUAUAACUAUUCGAAACAAUGUCGCAACAAUGUUACUAACAACAGUGUUCCAACGGUGUGUUGCACUAAAAAUCGUCGUUGCGAAUUAUCUCGUGUAACAUCACUUCAAGAGGAAUGGGUCAAGCUUUCGGUGCAAGGGUUUCUGGGAUUGUUUGGGUUGACAAGCUUUAGUUGGAAUAGGUUAAUGAUUCCAUCGACCAAUCAUAACUAACGGUUGGCCACCCAAACUAUCCCAGAAAUCGUUGCAGCAAAGGGCUUGCACCCAUUCCACUUAUAGUUUCUGGAGUGGGGAACUUUCUUCGUUCGCUUCUCCCGAUUUCCUCCCUCGCAAGACCACCCUCAUUCCCGGCUAACAGAGGCCUCUCUUGCCAGGGAAGAGAGGCCUCUGUUAGCCGGGAAUGAGGGUGGUCCUGUGGGACUUCUGUACUGUUAAGAAUGUGUAUUUACAGGAAAGCGUUUUUGGAGGUGUUGAUAUUUUAACCAGCUUUAAUGCUUUUCUUUCUGUAAUUUUAGUCGAGCCGUGAAGAGUCUGUUUGAAAUUUUAAGCUGCUACGCGCAGGAGGAGCAGCGACUCUUUUUGCAGUUUGUCACAGGAAGCCCAAGAUUACCAGUCGGAGGUAAGAUCACAGAUAUUCCUUUAUUUUUCUCGACAUUUUGCGUGUAAAUACUUUCAGUACUAAAAAGGAAUUCUUGCAGACAGGCUUGCUUGCAGAUAAUCUUUUGGACGCGCUUCGCGCGCGUUUUGGCAGCUUUUCUUCCCUCUCACCAAACAAAACGCCAGCUACGCAGGCUGGUGAUUACUUGUUGAAAAGUAAUACUGCCCUUAUGCAGUUAAUAGUUGCAACCUUUACCAAGCGGUCAAGGGAGCCUUCGGCAAUUGCACAAUGUUUUCGUUUCUACGAACAAUAACGAGUAAUUCUGAACGAAUGGCUCAUAUGAACUUGCGCCAUAGUUUCUAACAGGGUCGGACCCAUGUAGGCAAAUCUGCCCAACACAGUACUCGUUCGUUGACUUUGUGUAUGUUUACGAGCUGUUUGGAGAAAUUGGUCUUGGUUCGUUUACCGUUCUGUCGAAACAACGCACUUUUAUUCAACCAGGUAACCAUUUAAUUGAUGGAAGUACAGUAAAACAAACAAUUGGGAAGUCUAGAGGGUGACCACUUCUGCAUAAUUGGCAAUAAUUGACAGGUUAAGAGAUGUCAGCUGUCUGUUCCCCCACCCUCCCCCAAAACUGGCUGUCAUGCAAGAGAGACCAGCCACCCCUUGGGGAGAGUGGGUGGGGCGAAGAGACGGCUAACAUUUCAGACUAGGCGAGAGAGACUGGGCCUGUGUUGCAUUGAACUGCAUUGCUGGACCAUUUGUAUAGGCGAAUUUUGACCCAGUAUCAGCUUUGCAAAAGAUGUUAAUACGAAGAUUGAAGUAUCGUUCAGUGUUCUUCUGAAUUCAAGGAAAAAUUUUGAGAUGUUGUAUUUUGUUUCGUUAGGCCUGCGCAGUCUAAACCCACCGCUGACCAUUGUCCGCAAGUCGUUUGAGCCACCACUUUGUGCUGAUAACUACUUACCCUCUGUCAUGACUUGCGUGAACUAUCUGAAGCUGCCGGACUACUCCAGCAAGGAGAUCAUGGCCAAUAAGCUUAAACUGGCUGCCCUGGAGGGACAGCGCUCGUUCCACUUGUCUUGAAGAGACUCGACUUUCAGUUUUCUUGAUACCAUGUUUUGUUAAUAUUUCACCUUGUCGCUGGUUUUUGUUAUUGUCACGCGGUCAAGUUGUCAGUCAUCGCGCGAUGUCGACUCUUCACGCAAUUACUGCAUAAUAAGUCGUUUUUGAUAAAUGAUUGAGCAGUGAUGUUAAUGUUGGCCGUAAUUGCAGGGUUAGCGUGACGUCACGCUUUCUUCGUCUAGCGAGGUUGUGUGACUAGUCCUUAAAAUCUUUUUGAUAGUAGGCCAUCGUAUUUGGCUACUUUUGAGUGUUUCUGUGUUUAACGUUUCUGUCCUGUAGUUAGUAUUAACCCUUCAAGCCUCAACAAGCUGCCACUAACUGAUUUCCGUUUGUAUCAUCACUACGUGUAAUAUUUCUGAUGACAUUUAGGCUGUGGAGGAAUUUUCGACCUACUGAAAAUUUUGACCGGAGACUCUGUUCACACAUGACCGUUCAAUAUUUUCGCUCUGUUCACACGGAACCUUUGAACGGCUAGGCGUCGAGAUUUGUGUUCGGUUAAGGUGAUUCCGUGUGAACGGAACAGCUAUACGCACGAAUUUUCGACCGGCCGGUACCUUGUGAAAAACGAAACGUCGUCUCCCUUAGCAACAAAAAAUAGAGUGUCUAGCAGUUAUGUUUGAACAGCAUCUUUUUCGAGAAUAGAUGACUUCUUGUUGAGGUGUGGCAACUUAUUUACUCCGAAUGAAUAUUGUGAAGUGCAGUGAUGACCAAUUUUUCAACGUUUGAAUUGAGAAAAAAAUGCGUUUUACAUUGCCAGAGAGUAGAAUUGGUACCCACCGUGCGCUCCUGUAAUACCUCUUACUACUUCAAUAAUCAUGUAUACUCUAUAUUUGGUUAGUAGAAACAAUUGUGUAAUUUUUUUAAAUUCGAUAAAUGUUGAUAAAAUACGGUUCUUCGCAGUCACGUGUGAAUUGUCACACAACGCUCCUCUCGGUGAGUAGAAGUGUUGUGUGACAAACCAGCUACUUGGAGACAAAAGUAUAGCGCAAAAAAAAAAAAUGGUUGUCUGUAAUUCUGCUGUUUCCCUGCUUUUUUUUUGUCCAUUUUUUUUCGGUGUGUUUAUUUGCCCCUCUUAUUUAUAAUAGCUUCCAAUAAGUACCAUUUGUAGAGGUGAUAAUAUUGUAAUAAGGUCUCAUCUGUAAUGUAAUUAAUAUUAGUGUGUUUAGAGAUAAGUUUUUAUUUUUAUUUUGCUAUUAAGUGGUUCAAAUAUGGCAGUCACGCAAUCACAAAGUGGGUUGUAAAACUCUGAUUAUAAUUGUGAAGAAAGAAAGAACAAAUAAUUAUUGCCUAUCAGUUUUAUUCACCCUCUUUCUCUUUCGUGAUGUAGAAAAAGUGCACAUUGUAAAUAAAACCUCCAACACUUUGUAUUUCCCGCUUUUCAACCACAGUUUUUCCUGUGCGCCAUAUUUGAAUUGAUAAAAAAAUAUGCUCUAAAUGUUAGAUUGUAGCAGACAGAAGUUAAGAGAUCGCAAUAUCCUGUGGUUUAUAAGCUUUAUCUUCACUCCAAUCGCAGGAGCUUGCAGAUAAACUGUGAUUUGUUUGCAUAAUAAAAGUAAUUUUAUGUGGUG